AUGUAUCGGAAGAGUAACCUACCCCCAGGACCAACUCCAUUCCCUGUUAUUGGAAAUUUGCUUCAAAUAAAACGAGGAGAGAUGGUGAAGUCACUCAUGAUGGUGAGUAUUGUCCGAAGUGUUCUAUAGUAUUGAUAGCAGAUGGGCUCUCAUUACGAUCUUCUGGAACAAAUAUAUAAAAUAGCAGUGGUAACACAUUGUCCCUGUUAAAUGGCAUGGGAUCUGUUAAAAUCACUUACAGGUUCUAUAUCUUGUUCCAAGCAGUAGACAAAAUAAAGGCUUAAUAGUUAAAUUUGCAUUUUUUUCAGAAAAGGUGAAAUGAAAGAAAAGUAAGUAGGUUAUCUCUAGAUAUUUCUACUGUAUUAUAUAUUUGGCACAUGUAUUCUUCAAAGCGUUGUCUGUUUUGUUAGAAUUGUAUGCCUCCAGGGAUUUAUAUACAAAACAUGACUGCCAUUGUGGUGGGUUCCAAAAUGUUUCCAAAAUCACCGAAGCCCUCAUUUAAUAAUAUUUAGAUAAGCUUUUUAAAUGGUUUAAAGGUACACUCCACACACCUAAAGCACUGUAUCUUACUGAGUGCAAUAUGUGUGAACAGUACGUCCUAAUUUCAUUUUAAGAAAAGGGCAGAUUUCAAAUUGGAAUUGACACUUCUAUAAUUUAUUUUGUCAAUCUUUAUUUAUUGCAUGCGUAAAGAUAACACAAUGCUUGGUAAGCCACAACAGCUUCAUCAAACAUAAAGAAAACGUGGUACAUAACAGUACUAUGGCAAUUACUUAAAUCACACUUUUAAAAUUUUGUAGUAUGCUUCAAGAUAUGCGUCUGUUGGAAGAGUGUCACAUUGUGCAAGCUAAGUAUGCAUGACUAAUAGACCUGUUACAAGAAAAAUCAAAUAAAUGUUAUAGGCUGUUGGUGUCUGCCCUGUUGCGCUUGCCGCCAGAUGCGGUUGGUAAUAUCAUAUAGGUGUAGAAGGCGGACACAUGAGGGUUACAUGCGUAUAUCCACCUCGGUGGCUCACAUGUGGCAAUUGAGUAAUUAUAUAUGCAAAGUAAAAACAAAAUUAUAUAUGCAAAGGAAAAACAAGAUGUAAACCCAACUUAUGUACAAGAAAUGAAAAUAAAAUAAUGGAAGAUGGUACAAGAGAGAGUGAGGGCCAUAAGGUAGUGACUGUAGGCUCCUGCAGCCUGUGGUGGUAACCUCGAGACCCUAUAGUGCAUACACACACAAACACACAGACUGCUGAGUCCAUACACACAGACUGCUGAGUCCAUACACACACACUGCUGAGUCCAUACACACACACUGCUGAGUCCAUACACACACAGACUGCUGAGUCCAUACAGUGUGUGUGUAUGGGGAUAGCGUAUGUGUGUAGAGUGUAUGUGUAUGGGGGGGGCAGAGUAUGUGUAUGGGGGCAGUGUGUGGGGCAAUGUGUGUGUAUGGGGGGCAGUGUGUGUGUAUGGGAGGCAGUAUGGGGGGCAAUGUGUGUCUAUGGGGAGCAGUAUGGGGGGCAAUGUGUGUGUAUGGGGGGACUGUAUGGGGGGCAGUGUGUGUGUGUGUAUGGGGGGCAAUGUGUGUGUAUGGAUAUGUUGUGCAUGGGGGCAGUGUGUGUGCAUGGAGAGCAGUAUGGGGCAAUGUGUGUGUAUGGGGGGACUGUAUGGGGGGCAGUGUGUGUGUGCCCCAGUGGGGGGGCAGUGUGUGUGUAUGGGGGGCAGUGUGUGUGUGUAUGGGGGGGCGUGUGUGUGUAUGGGGAGGCAGUGUGUGUGUAUGGGGGCAGUAUGGGGGCAGUGUGUGUAUGGGGCAGUGUGUGUGUAUGGGUGGGCAGGUGUGGGUAUGGGGGGGCACCUGUGUAUGGGGGCAGUAUGGGGACAGUGUGUGUGUAUAUGGGAGGCUGUAUGUGGGCAGUGUGUGUGUAUGGGGGGGGGCAGUGUGUGUGUAAGGGUGGGCAAUGUGUGUGUGUAUUAGGGGCAGUGUGUGUAUGGGAGGUGUGGGGGCAGUGUGUGGCAUGGGGGCAGUGUGUGUGUGGGGGCAGUGUGUGUCUAUGUGGGGCAGUAUAGGGACAGUGUGUGUGUAUGGGAGGCUGUAUGGGGGCAGUGUGUGUCUAUGGGGGCAGUAUAGGGACAGUGUGUGUGUAUGGGAGGCUGUGGCUGGGGGGCAGUGUGUGUGUGUAUGGGAGGCUGCAUGGGGGCAGUGUGUGUAUGGGGGGCAGUGUGUGUGUGUAUGGGCGGGCAAUGUUUGUGUAUGGGGGGGCAGUGUGUGUGUAUGGGGGGCAAAUGUGUGUGUAUGGGGGGGGUUGUGCAUGGGGACAGUGUGUGUGUAUGGGAGGCUGCAUGUGUGUGUAUGGGAGGCCGUAAGGGGGGCAGUGUGUGUGUAUGGGGGCAGCAUGGGGCCAAGUGUGUGUGUAUGGGGGGCAGUGUGUGUGCAUGGGAGGCUGUGGCUGGGGGGCAGUGUGUGUGUAUGGGGGCAGUGUGUGGGGGGAGGCAGUGUGUGUGGGGGGCAGUGUGUCUGCUGGGGGGGCAGUAUAGGGACAGUGUGUGUGUGUAUGAGGGUAUGGGGGGCAAGUGUGUGUAUAGGAGGCUGUAUAGGGGGCAGUGUGUGUGUAUGGGGGGGCAGUAUGGGGGGCAGUGUGUGUCUAUGGGGGGGCAGUAUGGGGGCAGUGUGUGUGUAUGGGAUCUUCUGAAGCAGCAUGGGCUGCUGCAUUACGGCGGGGCGGGGCUUAUCAGCGGGAGGUGGGGCUUCGUUUGGGGGCGGAGCCUGUGCCGGGGAGCCAAUCAGUGCUCCCUCCAGCCACAGACCGCCCCCAGCACCUCAGCACUGCAUUCCCUCCCCGGCUGUAACAGGCUGUUACAGUCCGAGGGAAGCCCAUGGCCAGCAAGUUGACGGCACUUGGGGGGCCCAAGGGGGGGCACAGCAUGAUGUAGGGGGGGCCAUGGCCCCCUCUGGCCACCCCCUAGCGACGCCACUGGCUUCAGGGCCCCCAUGUCAGGCUUUGAAUGUCUUUCCGGAUGUCGGCCACAUCAGCCUGGAUAUUCCACUUGAGGUCCGUCAGCAGUUCCUGCAUGACCAACUUUAUGAUCGGAGUGGAGUCCGGUUGUGGCUUGGUCAUUAUCGGUAUCAGUGAGGUAGGUGAGCGGGUUUCCUCAGCAUCUGAGGACAGCGCAUCAGAGUCCCCAAAGUAGUCCUCGAUGAAGGAGGUCACAUUGGGCUCCAUAGCGCCAUGUGCUCACCGCCAGAGAUCUCCUAUGCUUGCACAUGGCCGUAGCUGUUCCGGCUUUUGCUUUUUUUUUUUCCUACCCAUCUCGUUAAGGUUUUGUAAGGGGGCCCAGCUUGUCUCGCUAUUUGGGGGUGGAAGUGGGUUUUUUGGUUAUUUCUUUGCUUGGUGUAGCGGAGCACUGUCACUUCUAUAAUUUAACCUUGUGGAGCUAAACUCAGCAGGCAGCAACAUUAUAUUAAAGCCCUAGUCAGAAAAUUAGCUGAUUUGGGAAUUCUUUUAACCUCAAUAUUGUGUCUUAUUUUUAUUAAAUAAAAUGUUAUAUAUUUAUGUUUUAAUUUUGCAAACAAGUUUGUUUUCCUUUUUCUUCUCCAGAUUGGGGCCCAAUAUGGUCCUGUCUACACUUUGUACUUUGGGCCACGUCCUGUGGUUAUUCUUUGUGGAUACCAGGCUAUUAAAGAAGCUCUCGUUGACCAAGGAGAUGAAUUCAGUGGCAGAGGGAAAAUGUUUUCAGUGGACAAAAUAUUUGAUGGUUUUGGUAUGAUAUGUCACUGAUAUGUAUGUGUUUAAAAUCUUACAGUAUAAAGGUGUCUGUAUGUCUGGAUGGAAUAUGGUGAAUUCUUUGUUUUGUAGGUGUUGUUUUUAGCAAUGGUGAGCGCUGGAAACAGCUCCGCCGGUUCUCCCUUAUGACCUUAAGAAAUUUUGGGAUGGGGAAGAGAAGUAUUGAGGAAAGAAUCAAAGAGGAGGCUCUGUGCCUGGUGGAGAAACUUAAAAGUUAUAAACGUAUGUACCAAACAUAUUAACAACAUAUUUUUCCCAAGGGAAAAAAAUCUUAUAGGUUCAAAUAUAAGAUCAUCACAAAUGAUAUUCACAAUAUUAAAUUUUAAGAAAUGUUUCUGGUAAUAUUGCUCAACAUAAAAUACCUCCCAUCUUCAGGUCCAUGGCUAUAAUUUGAUAUUCACAUUUCCCUUCUCAUCGUCUGCAGCUUCUGUAUCUUGAACUCUUGAGAUUUCUCUUGAGUUUCUUAGAAUUUGUAUUUAGAAAAUAAGUAGACAAUAGUAACUGAUCACCUGCUCAAUGCAACAAAUUCCUUAGUGCAGUGUGCUUGAAUCAAUCUCACCCCCCCACCAGGUCACUAUUCAGAAUAGACACAAAAUAUGAAUCACAUUCAUUUUAUAGAGGAACUUUUUUUGUGUAAACAUGCUUAGGUGUAAUACUUCAGUAGAUAGGGAAACAGAGAUUGUGGGUAUAACAUGCUGUGGGAACUGACAGUAUUGUGAGACAUAGUGACAAACAACAUGUGUGGUCUACAUAUUAUUAGACAAACUGAGAGAGAAAACCAGGACUAUAGUGAGGUCACUCAAGAUUCAGGCUGGAAAAAUGCCAUUUCCUACCUCUUUUAGCAGCCUCAAACCUAGGCAUGUCAAAGCUGUGUCGGCCACAGGGCGCCCCCUGUUCCAUGGCGCCCUGUGCGGUCGCACAGCUCGCACACCCCUAAGGCCGGCCCUGGGUUUGCUUAUGAUGAAAAGUCAGAGCUAAAAGUCAGUAUUUGCCAGACGUAUGUGAGGAGCUCAGUCGAAGCACGUCUGUCCACCAUGCUGGCCAGGCCCUGCACCCUAGAGGAACUUUUUUUCAACCACUAACUGUACUAGCUUUGGUGGCAGGAAUUUCUGGGAUUUAGAAAUUUGGACCUUCAUGUUGAAAUCAUAGUCUCUCUAGAAAUUCCAUUUUACUUUUUGUCUUAGUUGAUUUAAUAAAAUUUUGUGUUCAAUAAAUAUUUUAGUUUGUUUGCUUUAAAUCUAAAUCCAUGUUUAAUGAAUCAAUUUCAUAGCAUUGGCAUGCAUGUUCCACAUACUGACAGGGACAUCUUUCAAGCUCUAUCCAACAGCUUGCAGAAUUCAUAAAAGUCCAAAAAAUAUGACAAUCUUGCAACCUUAUCACCAAUACUAGAGGUCAAAUUACAAUUCCUUAAUUAGUGUGAUUUCACUUGAAAAUGACUGACUAAACAAAGUGUACACCUGAAUAUAUAGACAUGAAAAGUAUAAACUAAUCAACUGUUAUUCUCCUAUGUUGCAUUAUACGAGGAGGUCCUUUUAAUAACAUGAAUAAUUUACCUGCAGAAGCUCCACUGGAUCCGCGGAAUAUACUUACUCAAGCCGUUUCCAAUGUUAUCUGUUCAGUGGUCUUCGGGGAACGAUUCGACUACAAGGACAUGAAAUUCUUAGCGUUGCUCAAUAUGUUUAAUGAGACAUUUCAGCUGUUAAGUUCUACAUGUGCACAGGUAAAUAUCCAGCUCAUUCAGUAUAUUGUAUUACAGCUGUGCUCAAAAGUUUGCAUACCCUUGGAGAAUUGGUAAUAUAGAUACCAUUUUUAAAGAAAACAUGAGUGAGCAGGGAUUCCAUGGGAUUCAUAUUUAACUGUAGGUUAUAACAGAAUGGCACAAUCAUAAAACAAAACACGGCAGCAAAAAUAAAAAAAAUGAAAUGUGCCUUGUUCAAAAGUCUGCAUACCCUUAGUUCUUAAUACAGUGUAUUACCCCCUUUAGCAUUCAUGACAGAGUGACGUCUUUUGUAAUAGUUGUCUAUAGGUGUGGUAUAGCUGUCUAUUCGUCUUUGCAAAAUGCCUUCAGGUCAUGCAAAGUCUUUGGUCGUCUUGCAUGAACUGCACGUUAGAGAUCUCCCCAGAGGGGCUCGAUGAUAUUAAGGUCAGAACAUUCACCUUUUUCUGCUGUAAACACUUGGAGAGUCAACUUGGCCAUGUGCUUAGAGUUAUUGUCAUGCUGAAAAGUCCAAGAGAGUCCCGUGCGCAGCCUUUGUGCAGAAGAAUUCACAUUAUCUGCCAGUACUUUCUGAUAACAUGCUGCAUUCAUCUUGCCAUCAAUUUUUCACAAGAUUCCCCGUGCCUUUAGAGCUCACAAACCCUCAAAACUUCAGUGAGCCACCACCAUGCUUCACAGUGGGGAUGGCAUUCUUUUCACUAUAGGCCUUGUUGACCCCUCUCCAAACAUAGCGCUUAUUGUUGUGACCAUAAAGCUAUAUUUUGGUCUCGUCACUCCAAAUGUGUGUCAUAAGCUGUGUGGCGUGUCAAGGUGCUGUCGGGCGUAUUUUCCUAAAUAUUCUUGUAGAUUUGAUGCAUUUUCAUUUAGCCCUUUAAUGACUAUAUAGUGUAUGCUAUAAUUACAAUAUUGUGUAAUGUAAACAUGGAAUACCCAGUAUUUUAAAUCUCAGUUUAAGUGGAAAAUUCAUUUUUGGGGAUCUUUAAAAGUCAGAUUGCCAGGUUGCAAUACACUAUCAUUGAUCCUCCUUAGCCAUUUUGAACGUUUAUCAAAUGAAAACAUAAGAAGUUAUGUAAUUUGAAUAAGCACAAUAGAAGGCAUCUCAUUCUGAAACCAUUGUCAUUUUAAGUUACAGGAAAUUAUUCCAAUGAUCAUGGAUCAUAUUCCUGGACCUCAUCAGAGAAUAAAUCCUAUUAUUAGAACUUUGCUGGACUUCGUAUCCGAGAGAGUAAAAGCCAACCAGCAAACUUUGGACCCAACUUCACCCAGAGAUUAUAUUGAUUGCUUCAUCAUUAAAAUGCAGCAGGUAAAGUCCAAAUGCAGCACCCCAUUCCCAAAUAACUCUUUCCGUUAGAAAUACACCUGUGAUAAUAUAUUGAAAUGUUUCUGCAGUAGCUUUAUAUCAUAGCAAUAGACCUUUGUUUGGUUCUCAGGAAAACCAGAACCCAAAUUCUGAAUUCAACAUGAAAAAUCUGUUGAUGACCGUCUUAAACUUGUUUUUUGCGGGGACGGAAACCGUCAGUACCACGUUAAGACAUGGGUUUCUUGUUCUUAUGAAAUACCCUGGUGUACAAGGUGGGUAGAUACCUAAACAAGUAAAGAAGAGAAGCACAAAAACACAAUGUAUAGUGUGAUAUGUAAAAAUAAAUAGUUUAUUGGCAGAUUGUAAAAUGACUCAUAAAGGAUUAAAAUGACCACAAUAUAUUAUUUACAUUACACUACAUAGCUCCUUCAUGCCCUCCUUCCCGUAAUGAAUCUAUUUUGGUCAAGAAAUCUCCAUCAUUCUUUUUUUCCUAGAGGUGCCUCCAUUAUUAAGUAUCAGCACAGAGCAUUAUUUUACUUCAGAAGAUUUUGUUCUACAGUCAUUUGUAUUUUUUUUUGUUUGGUUGUUUGUUUGUUUCUCUUUACAUUUUAUGCCAGAGUUGUAAAAGUAUAUAAUAUGGACAUUAUCUGUGGAGCUUUGGUCAUUCGGUCUGGACAUGACUGGUUGCAGGAGAAGAUCAUAUCAAUAUAAUGCAGAGACUUCUAGUGAGAUCUAUGAGAUGAAUUGGGUCCAUAUUUAACAAAACACUUAAUGGUUUAUUGGCUAAAAUCAUAAUUUAAUAUUAUGGGUAAACUUUUAUUCCCGUGAAAUCUUUAUUCAAAAUUGAGAAAUCUUUUGAAAAGAUUACCCCCAAAAUAUUAAUUUGAGGCCUAAAGUCAGAGUUAAAAGAUGUGAAGGAGGUAAGGACUGCACCAAGGGCAAAUAACAAUAGUAAACAACAAUAAAACAGACCAAAAGGUCUAAAUAGUGAUACAACAACAAGUCGGCCUAUGCAAAUAAGGAAAAUGGUAAACAAUAAAAAAAGUCUCGCUAAGACAACAGAAUAAAAUAGGGGUGUAAUCCUCAGGAGUUGAUCCGUCCGGAUAGUAAAAUAAUUAUACAAAAGUCUAACAAAUAUAUCAGGAUACAGUUGGGGUACAAUCCUUAGGAGUUGAUUCGUCAGGAUGGUUUAAAUAUACGUAUAUGUGGAAAAACAAAGGGGAAAUACGACAAGCAGCCGAUAGUGUAAUACAGACAAGAUCCAGUGGUAAAAUGGAUAAAAGGAAGGUAAUAAACUCACAUUUGUGAGAGCUCUAACUAGCUCUGGAGUGAAAGGCGUAUAGCAGUAUAAUCCCCUCUAGAAAAUAUAAUGGAGAGGUGCGUCCGUCAAUCUGGUCUGAUUUUUCAAUGCUCCAGGAUAUAUAAAAAACAGCAAUAGUGCUCUCAAUAUAUAAAGGCUGAGUUAUAAAAUAUAUAUAUAUAAAAUAUACUCACAAGUAUAGAGCAGAAAGUACUGCUCUAUUAACACAGCGUUGGUGGAAUAAUCCCCACCUAGGAUUGCAUGAGUACAGGAUACAAAAAAUGCCAGGGAGAUUAAUAAUAAAAAGUGCAUAUAAAACACAAUAAAAAGAGAAUUGGUACAGGGGGUUAAGUAGCCCUUACCUCCUUCACAUCUUUUAUCUUGUUUUAUAAGGUUCUUGAGGGAUUCCCUUUUUUGGAUUGCUGCCCUUCAGUUUGCUAUCUAGCACUGACUCUUCCCCCCUCUUCUAAAGUCAGAGUUGUAGUAACUUGAAAACUGAAGCUAUUGCAAGCUGUUUUAGAUACCCCAAAUGAAAAUAAAUGCUAAAUUAAUGCAUGCAUGUUUUCAUUGGGGGAAUAUGUGCUAAGUUGUUAAAAAUAAAUGGGAGUGUUCUUUUAAAGAGGUCUUAGUCCCUAAUUUACUUGUUAUUUGAAGUGGAGUUCUGUGCUAUUUGUCCCAUCUCAACACAAUAGGUUGCAUACGGUGAUUUUCUUUCAGAGAAGCUGCACAAAGAAAUUGAUCAUGUAAUUGGUCCAGACCGCAGCCCAACCAUUGAGGAUCGGAGUAAGAUGCCAUACAUGGAUGCAGUGAUCCACGAAAUCCAGAGAUUCAGUGAUGUUAUCCCAAUGAAUGUGCCUCACACGGUGAUAAAGGACACGAAAUUCAGGGGAUACACUAUACCUAAGGUAAGUAUCAAAAUAGAAAAUGAUACAUAUUUUUCAUAUUAAUAUUUUUGAAUAUUCAAAAACAUUAAGAGGGCUAUUCUAUUCUCUAAUAUAAGAAUUUAAAGUAAAUUCAAAGAGAAUUUCAAAUCUAAGGUCCAAGUAGCCAAACUGAAAGCAUGGGUGACUUAGAGAAUUUUUCCAAUUUGGCUUUUAUAACCUCAAUUCACCUUAAAUUCUCACUUUGCUGAAUAACUCUACUAACCUCCUAUGUAGCCUUCAUGUUUCUGCCGUGCUUGUUUGUUUGUUUAAAGCAUCUUGCCAACCCAGCUUUCAGUAUGAGUAAGUAAAUGAUUACUUAAGUUUCAAAAUCCAAAUACACACUAAAUUCCUUUGGCUGAUGGCCCAUGUACUUUCAAAAUAUGGGCCAAAAUAAUCAAGUUGGAUUUUUUUAUUUUGAACUCAACACAACGUGACUUACGCAACAGAAUAAAAUUAGGACCAGCAUCAGCUAUUACUAUUUACUAUUGAAAUUGCACCUUGAAUACAAAAUGGUCAUCCAAUGUCUUCUUAGAUCAACAAGCUGUACAUAAUACCUACUCUAACUAUUAGAACCCUGACUAUAACUAUUUUGGGGUGAAAACAAAACUCAACAUCCCAAAAAUUUUUAAGAUGUUUAUUCAAAGUACAAAUGAUGAAACAUCACCUUUAGGAAGAGAGUCACACAACUAAAUUGUUCUGUAGAGAAACAUUUUGCCUGCCCUAUGUGGAAACCUCAAUUCAUCAAGUGUCAGUAGACACUUUGUAACUAAACUCUUCCAUUACCCUAAUUAAUGUUAUAGCACACCAAUGCACAUUUUCUGCUUCAAUUUUAUCUUUAAAGUCAAAUAUUGCACUGCAUAUCUUUACAGCUGAACGUUGUUAGUCUCUUGUCUAAAAAUGAUAAAAUAUUGCAACACUUGUCUACAUAACAGUAUCUAUUCACCGUGUUUGAGGACGUUAAAAUUGCGUGUUUAUUGCACUAACAUCAGGGAAUUCUACAUAAUUAUUAGAUUUGUCUUUUUAUGUUCAAUGAGUUUAAAUGUAUUUAGUCAUUACUGAAGUGAUGUGAUGUAGGUUUUUCAUAUAAAUUUUGAUUGAUUUAAUAAAGUUUCAAUUAGCGUUUUUAAUUUUUUUUUUUUUUAUUGCAUAUUCUUACAGGGCACUGAUGUAUAUCCCCUGCUGUGCUCCGUCCUCCGUGAUCCCACCCAGUUUUCCACACCAGACAGGUUCAAUCCUGAACAUUUUCUGGAUGAUACAGGCUCAUUUAAGAAUACAGAUGCUUUCAUGCCAUUUUCCACAGGUAGAAACAAAAUAGAUUUAUUGUAGAGGAGACAGAUUUAAAAGCAGGCCAUUUGUCCUCAAGGUUGACCUAUUUCUAAUUAUAAACACUUUAUAUUGUAGUUUAAUUUGCCCAGGCUACAUCCAGUCUUCUACUGCAAGAGAUGCUGGGUGUUUAUAGAAAAUACAGACAUUCAAUCGAAGACCACUUCAUUGGCUGGGAACUGUCAGCUGACACUCUCAGCCAAUGAACACGGUCCCAUGUCUCCCGGAUUAACUCUGAGACUUCAUAAACAGGAGCUGCAGCAAUGGUCACCCUGUGAGACCCAGGUAAGUUGUCAAACAGUGGGACUAUUUAUAUUGGAACAAUACCCAGCACCACAAACACUAGAGCUAGUUGAAGUGGUUUUGGUACUGGGAGUGCUCCUUUUAUAAACACAAGUAAUGAUCUCUACCUGUUGAAAAAGACUGUUUGUCAGAAUCCCAGAUUUGUGGAAGGGAUCCUGACCCAUUUAGGCUCACACUUCUCACUGCAUUCCCCCAGAUGUCUGUCUUCUGUUAGCCACCAUUGUUUCUCACCCGUUAGCUCAUGACUCAUAACCCCUUCUUCUCUGUAACAUCACUUACUCCUUUCUUGUCUUGUCUAUCUGAUCUUUUCUAUUUAUUUUUCUCUCCAGUCUACAUGGUAGUCAUGUUGCACAACAGUUUGUGUUACAGCUAACUUGUGCGCCCCAUGUUACAAUAGAUGUAAAUAAUCCCCCAUAAAUGCACAAAAUAUCUUCAUUGUCUGCAGGCCAGUGAGAGUACGCCAUCUUAACCAUUUUAAACAGAUUAUUCCUAUUAGGUUCUGAUUCUAAUUUGGUAGAAGUGAUACUGAUCAAGAUAAAAAGAUGAGUAUUGUGAAAAGGAGGCUGAUCUGUAGUUUAUGCUUGUUUUCAACUUGUGCUAUUGAACUCAGCUCUGCUUGGUAAAUAGCAUGACUACUCAAAGCUGAUGUGGUAGCUCAGUUGGUAAAAUACCCUAAUUACAAGCGUUUACUCAAACUGCAACAUCACCAGUUCAAAUCCCAAUAGAGUCAACUCUGCCCUUUAUCUUUCUGAGGUCAAUAAAUGAGUAUCGUCAACUGGUUAAUAAUUACAACUAUUAUUUAGCUGCCAAUUCUGUUGAUUCCAAGUACUAAUAAGUGUUUUGAGUCGCACUGGGAGAAAGAUGCAAUACAAAUACUAGUGAUCUUAUUAUCAAGUCAAAGUAUCUUAAUAAUAAUUACUCUGCUAAUAGAUCUAUAACACAAGCGAUAUGUAACACAAUAAACCACAUGAAGAUAAAAGGUUUUCAGGAAGAAAGGAGGAAGGUACCUCCAGGCACUUUAGAAUUGUACUCUCAGCAUUAACACAUUAGACUCACAUAGUCAAUAAAGUGUUAUAAUUUAUGAGUUGCAUUUAUUCCCUAAAUCCAGGAAUGUACAGGAUUGAUUGGUGUUUCUUCUCCUGAUGUUAUAUUUUCAGAUGUAUUUUCUGAAGUUUUUCUAUCAGACUAAUAUCUUUCCUUGUAAAAAAAAUAAAUAAAAAAAAAUUACCUACUUUUCUUUUUUUGUAACUUGUAUCGCAUUGUAUCACGUCAUUGCUUCUUACUUUUUUUUACAAUUUUAGGAAAGCGGAUUUGCCUCGGAGAAGGCUUGGCUCGCAUGGAACUGUUCCUGUUUUUGACUACCAUAUUACAAAGCUUCAAGCUCACAUCGAUGACACAGUUCACAGAGUCUGACAUUGCUCCACAAAUGACAGGAUUUGCAAACUUCCCCAUAUUUUAUGAAAUGUUGUUUGUACCUCGUUAAAUUUUGUUUUUUACUUAAAAAAAACAGUUCUUCCAAAUAACAUAUAAAUCAAAGAACUGUAGUUUGUUUUUAAUACCUACCAUUGUCUAACACUGUCUUGCAGUUACUACAUUGAUGGAAACAUGCGCAGGAAGCACUGUAUUUAAAAUGUUUCACAAUAAUGCGAAUUCCUGUUUAUCAACCCAUUAAGAAAUGAGCCAAUUGUACAAGUUGUGAUAAAAAAAAAACGUAAACAAAACCUGGAAUUUGUGUUAAAUGUCUGUUCAACUGUAAUUCAACUCUUUCAUAUUAAAUGCACCCGCACUUAUUAUAUAGCAUUUUGUUCAGGGGAAAUAGAGCUUCCAUGUCACGUCCAAUAUUUAUAUAUUAAACAAUUUAAUAUGAAUAAAAUAUAAAUAACUGUGAGAAAUUAAGAAAUGUUUGGGUUUUUUAGUUCUGCAUGGCAUUUUAACUGUGACAGUCAUGAUACUGUUAGAUGUUACUGCAAUAAAGUACACGUAUUUGUAUUUAGCAAUUUCUUACGAGUAAAACAGUACCCUCUAUGUACAGGUUUUAUGGUGUUUUGGAAAGUUACAGGGUCAAACAUAGCAUGUUACAUUUUUCAGUAUAUACAUAUUGAAAAAACAGAAAUGCAAGCCUUAUAUUUGACCCUGUAACUUUCCAAGACACUGUAAAACCUGUACAUGGGGUUACUGAUUUACUCGGAAGACCUCGCUGAAUACAAGUAUCAGUGUUUCAAAACAGUAAAACGUAUCACAACAAAUAUAUAGUCAGUGAAAGUACCAUUUGUGUAUGAAAAAUGCAAAAAACGCACUUUCACUGACAAAAUCAGUACUCCCCCAUGUACAGGUUUUAUGGUGAAAGUUACAGGGUUAAAUAUAGGGCUUGCAAGCCAAAUUAUCUGGACUUUCAGCUUGGGUUGUCAGGCAAGUCCCUCAAAUUGUAAUUAAUUAUAUGACUUAACACACACACACACACACACAAACCACAAUCCCAGCACUCAAGUUCCCUGGUCUUUAGAAUGCCCCAGACAAAUGCACUCUGUAGAGGUCUGUAGAAAGUAUAGAUGCUUUUAUUCAGCACAAAUCAUACAUCAAAGUUUCAGUCCCACCGGACUUUUCUCAAGACAAAGUGCUAGGUGCAGAACAGCGGUUAUAAGCACAAACAGUGAGCUAAUUAGAGGGUGAAAGCAGGUAAAAAGUGAGGCAAGUGAUGUCAGAGAUGACGUAUCACUGUGCAAAAUACAUCAUACCAUAAAUGGCUACCAGGUUGAAAGAAAGCCUAGAUCCAUAAUGGUCUGUGAGGGAUAGACUGUAGCGGAGAGAUGCUCUUACACAGCUUAUCUCCACUUUAGAUCCCAGUAAGGCUCAGGAACAAGUAUUACAAAUCCAGAAGGUAAUAUUUCCAGCAGGCAAAACACUCCAACAAUAUCCCAACCUCAAUCCCAGGCUUCUCCCAUGCAAGGGAGGGAUUUACAAUAAUUGGGACAGUAGCCAAUAGUACAGUAGUUACCUCCCAUACAUCUCCUCCCCUCAGUGUGACACUUAAUCCACUUAUCUCUGUUACAGUUUUACCCGGUUUCUGGAUGUACCCUAAAACUGUGGGGUACAAUGGUCUAAGUGGUACCCCCUGGUAACCCUGAUCUGGGUGGCUAACAUACUUAAAAUUCACCCAGAUCGGACCAGGGGUUCGGGAGUUAUAUGGGAGAAACAAUUUGACCGACCGCACACGAGGUGGUACCCGAAAAGGGUUCCAUGUAUUUUGGCCCUGCGGUCGGUCUCAGUUCGGGAGAUAAAACAUACAUAAACCUUUGCCAUCCACUAUUAAAAAUGCAUUCGUAUGAAUCCCCUUGUUCGGUACGUUGAAUUCACCGAACGAGGGGCUAAUUGGCCCCUCCGUUCGGGAGUUACGGAGCUCUGGAGCGGUGUUCGGGUAAUCGAGUGUCCAAUUUGAGUUCCAGACACUCAACGACCAAACACCUCUGAGGGUUCGUGCAUAAGAUGGCCACCGCCACGUGUUCGCUUACCGAAUGUCGGCCACCCAGAUACAGCAAUAAAGUACCGAUUGACUUGUGGUUAGAGAAGAGUGAAAGCCUAAUAAGGUACACACUUCUCUCUGGGGUGGUCUACUGGUUCGGUAGUUUUCAUUCGUAUGGAAUACGGAUGAAAACUACUGAACAAGCAUCCGAAUCCUACAUACAAUUUUAAUUAUACAGGAAAAUAGACACACAAAUUGUCUUUUAAACAUAACCCUUGAGGACAGUCCAGUGCCAUCCGCUACAUAGACAAAAUAAUAAAUGUGACAUAGACUAAAGCCCUUGUGAAUGUGGAGAAGAAUAAUAACACAGACCAGGAAACUAAGAAAGAAAAGUAAAGAAGAAAUUAAAAAGUGCAAAAUGCUCCGUGCAAAAAAGAAAAUAUCCCAUGCAAAAAAGGAAAAUAAAGGGAGUAUAUACAUUAUGACAGUACAGGACCCUGAGAUGCACAUGAAAGAUUCUCACAUAUAUAGCAGAAUAACAAGUCUGGACAAUAUAACAAUAUUGCACCGCAGUUUCAUAGGUCAUAUUCAAUGUUGCAAAUGGAGAGUAACGUGUUGAGCGCAACAUAGUAUCAUAAAAGUAAGUAUUGAGUCAAUAUAGGGCAAACAGAUCCUGCUGACAAUAGUUAGCAUCUGAUAAAGUUUGGGGGUGGCAAAAGCAGGGUGAAGAAGAGAUUUAAAGGUCCAAUAAGCUUCUCUCUGUAAUAGGAAGGCAUCCCUCUCACCUCCUCUGGGUGAUAAUGGGACAUGAUCAAUCCCCAUGAAACGUAGCCUGGGCAGUGAAUGUCCAGUUUCAAGGAAAUGUCGUGCUACUGGGGUAUUGGCAGAUCUACGGUUCAAAGCGUUUUGUAUAGAUGAACGGUGUGCUCGCAUUCUCUCCCUAAGAUCAUUUGAAGUCUUGCCAAUGUAUACAAGCCCACAGGGCCAGGUUGUAUGAUACACAAUAUGUGUUGUGGUACAAGUAAUGCAGUGUUUAAUGUAAAACACUUUCCCUGUAUGGGGGUGGCAGAUAGUCUGACCCGUAAUCAUGGAAUUGCAGGCCAUACAACCAAGGCUUCGAAAGCAUCCUCUUGUAGUAGGAGAUUUCUCCUGUUGUAUAAGGUUGUGCUGGUCGGUGUGCAUUAGAAUGUCACAGAAGUUUUAGCCCCUUCUGUAGCUCAUAAUAGGAAUGUUGUGGAAGACCUUUGGAAGUGAAGGGUCUUUUCUUAAAACAUCCCAAUUGUCACGUAUCACAGAUGUUAUCUCUGGAGUUAGGGUAUGGAAAGCUGUAGGGAAGAUGAGUUGAUCUUCUGUGGUAUCUUGAACCACUUCAGCUUAAUGUAAUGGCUCUGGUGUCUAUAGCCUGUCCCUGCAGGCCUUUUAAUGUAAACACGGCGCACUGCAGCACUGGUGUUAGUUAACAUGGCAAAUCAUAUGAGUGGGGCAUUGUGAUGUCACAUGGGGGCGGGGGGCAGCAAACUUUACUUUUGCCUAGGGCGGCUAAAAUCCUUGCACCGGCCCUGGCUGGAGGGGGCUGUGUGAGCUGUGGCCGCACAGUGUCCCAUGGUAGUUAGGGUGCCGUGCGGCCAGUACAGCUCACACAAGCAAACAGAUGAUAAACUGGCCGCACGGAGGAAAUGUGUAUGUGUGACUGUCUGCCUGUGACUGUGUGUGACUGUCUGCCUGUAACUAAGUGUGACUGUCUGUCUGUAACUGAGUGUGUGACUGUCUGCCUGUAAGUGUGUGUGUGGGGCUGCAGGGAUUUUGUAGAAGGGGGCGGGGGUUUUGUAUUGGGACAGGAGUCUUUAUAAGGGUGGAUAAGCAGGGGAUUUGUGGAAGGGGGUUGCGGGGGUUUUGUAGGAGGGGCUGACAGCGGUUUUGCAAAGUUUACAAAUUGUAAAAAAAAAAGAAAGAAACCCUUUAAAAAAAAAAUUCAGUUUUUUUUUUUGGGGGGUGGGGGGGUGCCAAGCACAGGAUCCGCCCCGGGUGCCAAAUGCUCUAGGUACGCCCCUGGGUCGGACUCUUCUGUUAUCUAACCAACUGCUGCUUGACCUAACUUACCGGCUGCUGUGAUUGCUCUGUUAUGUAACCGCAGGAGCCACAAGUAAGGCUGAGAAGCAAUUGGUCAGAUAACUAGAGUCUGACCCAAAAAGUGAAAUGUUCUCAAAAAAAGUCAAUAUGCAUAAUUUAAUGCAAUCCUUAUGUCUCACUAAAUAGAAGUGAAAUGAUGACAGUUGUCCUAUAACAUGGGAUGUAAAAAUACUAAUUGCUAAGUUUACCGUUUAAACAUUAGGUCCCCCCAUUUAUAGGGCACGGGUAGGUGCAUGGGGGGUACUAUGUCUUCCCCAUUUUAGUUAUUUGUGUUCCCUACCCCUUAUUGCAUUAGUGACUGGGCAGUCACUAGUAGUUUUAAAUUUGUUUAGGUGAGUAGGGGCAUGUGGGAGGAUUUAACCUCCCUUUUAUUAAUAUGGGGGUCAUAGUAACCCCCAUAGGUUUUAAUGGGUGUGGGGUAGGAUUUAAUAUUACAAGGAGGGAGCUGGUAGCUCCCUCCUUUUUUUGUGUUUUUUUUUUCCUGCAUGCGCGUGUUAUUUCUCUAUGCUCAGAGUCUAUUAAAUGAACGAAACGAAAAGGUAAUGCAUUCGGCAUUUGCCCUUUCGUUUCAUUUAUAUUUCGUAUGUAGGGCUUUCGUUUACGUUUUAGUAAACGAAUACGAAAAAAAUAGAAUUUUCUGACAAUAUUUAUUUAUAAAAUAUUUUACCAGGAAAGAUACAUUGAGAUUUCUCUCGUUUUCAAGUAUGUCCUGCGUCCACAAAUCAUUGCAUUGUUACAUUAGGUACAACAAAAUACAAAAACAAUAUUAAUACACAAUAUAUACAAAAUUUAACAUAGAACAGGCAGGAAAUAUAUAAUCAACCAUGACACGUGCAUUCUGUUUUGAGGUAUGUAGAGAGGGAUCUCUUAAAUAUUGUAUUCAUAUGAAAACAAAUGCACAUGUCUGUAUUUUACAUAGAUUGAGGUCUUUGUGACAGCACCUCUAUUAAAAUGUACGUUCUUGGUGUACUCUCCAACUCUCCUACUCUUUUUUCUAUAUAUAUUUGAAGUCCUGCCCUGAUUCCUUGAACACCCCACCAGUCCACUCCUCGGGGUCUCUUUGUGACCACAUGGAAAGUAUGCAUUUGAGGAGACCAUCCUAAAACAGUUUGAGCAGUAAGUAUUGUAAGUAGUAAUUUAUCUCCCAUGUCAAAAUUAGUGCUUCCACACUAAAUGUAUGUCCAGCAAAAAUUGCAGAACCGAACCCCGGAAGUCCCUCUAGUGACUGUGUGAGUGAUAGCCACUAGAGGCAUUACUAGGCAGCAAAAGGCACUGUUUAUAUUUCUGAGUCUGCAGGGACAGGCUAUAUACAUCAGAACCACUACAUUCAGCUGUCUUUAAAUUUGAAAUUCACUUUGAAUCCCUCAAAUUCUCACUUCAGUAAAUGAACUGUAAAUGUUCACAUGGUUUAGUUAGAUCCUCACGACUUCGUUAAGACAGAUAGCGCCCUUGGAUGUUUCAAACAUUAUUGCAUAUUGUCCUCUUAAUGUGCAUACAUUGCAUAAAUUUAGAUCUUUAUAACAGUACCACUAUGAGGACAUUGAUAUUCUGGGUGUUCCCCCAAUUUCUCUUUUUACCACAUUUUAUUUGACAGAUGGUAUUUAUGCACAUUCUGUUUCUAUUUCAUCCAGUUAACCUUGCCUUAACCCAGCUGAUUGCAAAGCAGAGCUUCGAUCUGGUUUUUAUAUUACCAUUAAGAUGUUGUGUGCCUGAUAAUCUAUUGAUGAGUGCUCCAAACACACACACAUUUUACAAUCAGUUCUAAAUGUACAUGUUUACAUAGUUGUCAUUCUAGCUUUGUUAAACAAUAUUGAAUAAAGAUAACAUUUUAUCUAAUUUUCGUAGAUCUGUUGGAAUGUUUUACUUUGAAAAUUUCUCGAGCAUUAAACCAGUUUUCAUAUAAACCUGAAGAUUGAACUCUAUAGACUUGUAUCUGUGUAAAUGUCCAGGAGCCCAUGAUCUGCAAUUUGAAGCCCCUUUCAUGAAUAGAUUGUAAGCUUGCAGGCUGCUCCUAGCAAACCUUGGGAUCAAGUUGUUUUUUUUUGGUUAACUGUUUGAUGGGCUGUUUGGCAGCUUUAUAGAUUUCCGUUAAUACAGUGCUCACGUUGUUUAUACCUUUAAAGUUUUCAAAUAAAAAGGGAUCAAAACUAUGGAUUUUGUGUUUGGGGGCUUUUUCUUCCAUUUCCCCUUGUGAGUUACUCGAUGAAAUGUUCAUUGAUAUUUGAAAUUGAUUAUUUGGCAAUAAUGAAGAAGCAGCUGGCGUAUAUUUGGAAAAAAGAUAUUUUUUUGGGAAUUUGAUGGACAGUCUUUCUCAAGCCUCUGCUUUAAGACCACAGUAAAAAAAUACCAUAAAACAAAUAAACAUGAAAAUAAGGCGAGUUUUAACCCAUUCUGAGAGGGCUAAGGUGGGGGGGCAAACCACCUAAAUGGUGGGUUUUCACUGUAGCAUCGGGUGUACAUGUUUGUGUUCCUGACCCUAUAGUGAUCCUUUAAAUAAAUUGAUAGGUACAGUUGUUUACCAUGAUCUCUUCUGGGUUAAACCGAGCUUUACAGCUUUACAAAAAAAACAAAAAAGAGAAACACGAGCUAGAUCUUACACUCUUAGUAGGCGAUAACCCUGAAACAUGAACUUUAUACAAACUAAUAGGAUUGGAAAGUCGUACGGGGUAAUUAUAAGAUUCAAAAUUAACUUUUAUUAAUACAUAAUUAAAAUAAUAAAAGGUCCGCAAUGUAAACAAUAAGUACAUUACACGCAAUAAAAAGGGCUAGGUAGAGGGAAGGAGGAUAUCACCUAAAUAGUGAGAGAUUAUACCAAUUACAACCAUGAAAUAGGAUUGCCUCCAAAGUCUGAAUGCUCAUAGAUUCAUAAUCAAGAUUAGAGUGCAAAACGUCCUGCUAUGAAAAUAAAUGAUUCUAGAUACACACGUAACGGUGAUGGUAGUUAGAUGUAUUACCCUUAUAGAGAUUACCUAGAAAAUAAAUCUAAUAGAAAAGAAAUAGAAAAACAAAAACAAUUGGCCAAAAAUGGGAAAGGGGGCUAUCCCCUAAAUACUCAUUUGGAUAAAAGUCUAAACCAUUUUGCCGUAUGGUAAGUUUUAGUGUCAGUUAAUGCGUGUAACUUAGCUAACAGGUACACAUACAAAGAUUAUAUGGUCUUAUAGAAACACAUCAUGACUCCAUAUUAUAUCAAAUAUAGUAACAUAUGGAAAAAUAUAAAAAUUCUUUGCGAUACUAAAUACAGAUUUAAAAAAUGUUUGCGGUUAAAACGACAAAAUAUCGAGUAGGUGUAUAACUCAGCCGAACCACUUGCAAUAAGUCAAGUUUGAGUUGCAACAAUGUCUACAUUUGUAUGGCUGUAGAAAAAUAGUGAACUACUGUCUGCAUAAAAUAAACUUUUAGUUUGUAUAAUUUACAGCUUUAACCACUUAGUACAAAAUGUACUUUUAAAGAGUUAUUGACUGUUUGGAGAGCAUCCAACAGUGAAGGAUAUAAAAUAAGCAGCAACAUUCUUUGUCCCGUAAACAUGGACUUCACCUGGUUUGUAACCUCUCUCCUGGCCAUGCUGGUCUCAUGCCUUCUCCUCUACUCAGCAUGGGAUAAAGUGUAUCGAAAACGGAACCUACCCCCAGGUCCCACUCCACUUCCUCUGGUGGGAAAUAUUUUUCAUGUGCAAAGAGGAGAAAUGGUGAAAUCGUUAUUAGAGGUAAUACUUGAAACUGAGGGUAGUAUUAAAUAAAAACUUUGGUCUUACAUUUAAAAUGCACUUUAGAUUCUUACUUAAGUAAAUCAUUCUGUUUAUAUUUCAAGUUAAGACAGUUUCAUGAAUAGUUGUUGGGACAGGGCGCACCCAAGAGGUUUGCCUUUAUGUUGGCAGAUGUACUUAUCUUGAGUUCUGGUUAAUGCAUAUUUUUUGUUUUGUUUUAUAGAUACAUUUUGGAAUUUUUGCAGAAGCAGAAUUAUUCUGGUUCAUUUCGUUUUCUUGAUUUAACAUACAGGCAGUGAUGAAAAAGACAAAUAAUGUUAUAACCAUAAAGAAUAGGUGAGAAAGGUUUACAAUCGUCAGGUUUUCAAAAAAUAUUGAAGUGCAGAAAUAAAAAAAAAAAGUAAUCUCACUGAGGUAUUAUUUAGUAGCCAAUAAUGUGUUAAACAAUAUAUUUAUAUAUAGGUGCAGAUUUGCCAGAAUUUAUUAUAUAUAUAAUAAAUUCUGAUGAAAAAAUGGCAAAUCUGCACCUUUAAAGAAUAUAAUUCACAUUUAUGGGUGUUUUUUUUUUUGUAAUGAAAUAUUGUUUUUGCACUUGUAGCGUUAUGUGUUAUGGGAUACUAAAAUUUGCAAACAAAGAUUGAAACAGCCCAAUUUACAAAGGAUUAAGGUGUGAUUUACCCACCUGCAAAACAAACAGAACAUUCUGUAAUGUAAUUUAAUACGAGUUCAUUGUGCAGAAGAUUAUUUAAUUGUGGCUCACUAAAGAUUUGUGUAUGAAUACAUGGGAACACCAUUGAGUGAACUAAGAAGAACAAAAGAUAAUACAACACAGUCAGGGUCCCUCCCUGCUAUUAGUUUUGUUAAUGCCCUCUUUCCUGAUACACUCCAUAUAACUUAACAAAGGAUAGAAAAGGAUAUUUUGCUCCAAUUUUAAUUUUCCGUCGCCUUGUCCUGACAUCUGCUCAUUCCCGAACUCACAACUCUCAUCUGCAGGAUUUUCCAAGGGCUGCCCGUUCCUAUGCAAUUUCUUACCUUGUCCAAUCACACUCUCCCCUAGACUCCAGUCCUUUAAGAUGUUGCUGAAAACACAACUUUUUAGUAAAUCCAACCAUCUUCCUGGGUGAUGCUUCUCUCAAUACUCAGUUCCCUCGCCUCCAAAGCCCAGGCUCACUCUCUCCUUCCAUUGCUCACUUUCUCGACAUAGGCAUCUUAUAUUAAGCCACGUGGGGCUCAAUUUAAUAUUGUUGGAUAAGCUUUCCAAAUAAAUUAAAGGAACACUAUACUGAUAGGAAUACACACAUGUAAUCUUGUCAUUAUAGCUGAGAAAACACAGUUAAGGUCCACCUGUUAGAAAAGUAAAAUGUGAUUUUGCUUACCUUUUUCCAGCACCACAUGGGAUUCCUAGUGGCUGGCACUGGGACAAACAUUUCCAGAAGACACACAGUGCUGGGACUGGAUAAAAUAUUUCCAGAAGACACACAGUACUGAGACUGGGGAAAAUAUUUACAUAAGACACACAGUGCUGGGACUGGGGGAAACAUUUACAGAAGGCACACAGUGCUGGGACUGGGGGAAACAUUUACAGAAGGCACACAGUGCUUGGACUGGGGAAACAUUAAUAGAAGAUGCAGUGUGCUAGGAUUGGAAGAAACAUUUUAGAGAAGACACGUAGUGCUGGGUUUUUGGGCAACAUUUCCUGAGGCACACACAGUGCUGGGUUUGGGGGAAAACCCUUCAGAAGGCACACAAUGUUGGGUCUGGGGGAAGCAUUUCCAGUCAUGGGGUGGGGUGUUUAUGACUGCAAUUGGGUUUCGUCAUCUGGGGUUUUGUAGCGGUGACGAAACCCAAUUGCAGCGGAACAGCACUCCCUUACAAUUACGACCCUCAGGAGCAACUGGAAGUGGGUACAGGGUCCUAAAAAGGUCUGUGGUGGCACAGAGGUCUUUAAUGGGUAGAAGCCAAGUGAGGUAUCAAAGAGGGGAAGAAGCAGGAGGUGUAGUCAAUCAAUCCGGGAUCAGGUAUGGCAGCAGGCAAGAGUAGUCAAUCAAUCCGGCAUCAGGUCAGUCAUCAGGCAAGGGUAGACGAUAACGUAGAUAAGGAUCAGGAACCAAAAAGACAAGUAGGGAAUUAUACAAGAGCAAGGAAAAUAACCAAGCAAUGACUGGAAGGCGUGCUUGGUUUAAAUAGGGAGCCAGGAGCUGUAAAAGGAGGUCUUUGACUCAGCGCCAUCUUGGCUUACCUCACAGUCCCUGACCUGCCUCCUUUCGUCAGGAUCACAACUCCUCCCCUCCCCCCACCUAGAACGCUGGGUUCACAUGGCGGCCGCCAUCUUGCCGCAACGGCACGCUCGCCUCGUACCUCGGCAUGGGGAGAUGGAGAUGCCACAGCCCCGGGGACUUGAAGAGCGGCGACCGCCACCAUUCUGUCGCGAGGACACUGCGGGCACCAAGCAGCAGGUAAGUGACCAGCUCUGCGUAUCACUGGGGAAAACAUUUCCAGAAGCUACAUGGUGCCGGGUCUAGGAGAACAUUUCCAGGGGACACACAGUGCUGGAUCUGUGGGAAACAUUUCCAGUAGGCACACAGUGCUGGGACUGGGAAAACAUUUUCCGAAGACAUACAGUGCUGGGUCUGGGAGACACAUGUCCAGAAGGCACACAAUGCUGGGUCUAGUGAUAACAUUUCCAGAAGGCAAAAACAAUGCUGUUACUGGGGGAAACCUUUUCAGAAGGCACAAAGAAUGCUGGAGUUUGUGGAACACAUUAGUGAUGUCCCGAACGGUUCGCUGGCGAAUAGUUCCUGGCGAACAUCGCUUGUUCGUGUUCGGCACGGAUGGCGAACAUAUGCGCUGUUCGGUCCACCCCCUAUUCGUCAUCAUUGAGUAAACUUUGACCCUGUACCUCACAGUCAGGAGACACAUUCCAGUCAAUCAGCAGCAGACCCUCCCUCCCAGACCCUCCCACCUCCUGGACAGCAUCCAUUUUACAUUCAUUGUGAAGCUGCAUUCUUAGUGAGAGGAGGGACAGUGUAGCUGCUGCUGAUUUGAUAGGGAAAUUGAUAGCUAGGCUAGUGUAUUCAGUGUCCACUACAGUCCUGAAGGACUCAUCUGAUCUCUGCUGUAAGGACAGCACCCCAAAAAGCCAUUUUUAGGGCUAGAACAUCAGUCUGAUUUUUUUUUUCUGUGUAAUGUAAUUGCAGUUGCCUGCCUGCCAGCCUGUGUGUCAGGCUCACAGCAUAUACUGUGCCCACUUACCCAGUGCCACCACUCACUCACUGGUGUCACAAUAGCUUGCAUUUAAAAAAAACAAAAACUUUUUUGACUGUAAUAUAAUAGCAGUCAGUUUCCUUCACGAGUGUGCGUUUCAGGGCCUGCCCAGUGCCACCACUCAUUCACUGGUGUCCCAAUAGCUUGCAUUUAAAAAAACAAAAACUUUUUGACUGUAAUAUAAUAGCAGUCAGUUUCCUUCACGAGUGUGCGUUUCAGGGCCUGCCCAGUGCCACCACUCACUCACUGGUGUCCCAAUAGCUUGCAUUUAAAAAAAACAAAACUUUUUUGACUGUAAUAUAAUAGCAGUCAGUUUCCUUCAUGAGUGUGCGUUUCAGGGCCUGCACAGUGCCACCACUCACUCACUGGUGUCCCAAUAGCUUGCAUUUAAAAAAAAAAACAAUCUUUUUGGACUGUAAUAUAAUAGCAGUCAGUUUCCUUCACGAGUGUGCGUUUCAGGGCCUGCCCAGUGCCACCACUCACUCACUGGUGUCCCAAUAGCUUGCAUUUAAAAAAAACUGAUAAGAAUAGUACUACUUAACACACCACUCCUAUCUGGUGGCACAUUAGAUUGCACGCGCAGUGCCCCAAAUUUGAAGUAGGAGGACCGACCAAGCAUCUUUUUCCAUCUCCCGGCUCCUAAAAUCGAUGCCAUAUACACGUCCCCUGAUAGGGGAUGUAACAGGGAUUAAACUGAUAGGAAUAGUACUACUUAACACACCUUAUAAUAACGCAGAGAGAGGCAACACAGAGAGAGGAGUCUGAAGAAGAGGAGUCAGAGGAGGAAGGUGGCUUUGAGGAGGUGGAAGACCAACUACAGCAGGCGUCCCAGGGGGCUUGUUGUCACCUUUUGGGGACCCUUUGUGUUGUACGUGGCUGGGUGGAGGAAGAGACCUUCAAUGACAUCAGUGAGGACAAGGAACGGGACAUGGCUAGCUUGGUAUCCAACCUUGUGCAAAUGGGGAGUUUGCGGUUGUGCAAGUGGACUGUUUGCGGUUGUUUGCGGUGCGUUAAACGGGGAGUUUGGUCUGUCACUGUGAAGUGGGCGUAACCCUUACACUACCUGAUCGAUACAACAUCAUACCUGAUGUUUUAAAGCACGUUAUUCCAAACAAUUUAGGAAGGUUAGGUGAUUUAUGCCCUUUAUGGAUUAAAACCAGACUCUGCAUCAACUAUGUAAUUUUCCAUGGGAGUUUUGCCAUGGAUCCCCCUCCGGCAUGCCACAGUCCAGGUGUUAGUCCCUUUGAAACAACUUUUCCAUCACUAUUGUGGCCAGAAAGAGUCCCUGUGGGUUUUAAAAUUCACCUGCCUAUUGAAGUCUAUGGCGGUUCGCCCGGUUCGCUGGUUCGCGAACAUUUGCCGAAGUUCGCGUACGCCGUUCGUGUACCGAAAAUGUUAUGUUCGCAACAUCGCUAGAACACAUUUUUUAUCAGACACAUACAGACCUGACAUGAGGGAGACAUAUCUGGGUUAAAGGGACUCUCCGGACCUCUAAAGCACAUGUGUGAAGAGCAUAACUAGAAACCACAGCCCCCCCCCCUCCUAAUCCCCCUGCCCCUGUCCCUCUAUGUGUUUCAGUUACACCCCCGAGGCCCUUAAUGUGUCUUAUUCAUGCUCCCCAUGUGGGUGAGUGACAGGAUUGGGGGAGUUAUUGUGAGCAUGGCAGUGUGAAGGGGGUGACAGUGUCUGGAGGGGUGACAGAUACACAGACACACAGGUUCAUACACUAACACACAUAAAGAUGGACAAACACCCUGACACAAUAUAAAACAUGCUAAUACACAGACACACAGAAUGGCACAGAUUCAGAUACACAGAAUUACACUGACACACAUGAGGAUACACAGACACACAUACAGACAGAUACACAUAUAGACAAACAUGCAGAUACACAUACAGACACAUAUGCAGACAAACAGAUACAAAUAAAGACACACAUACAGACACAGACACACAUGUGAAUAUACAGACAGACAGAUAUAGACUCACAUACAAAUGCACAGGCACACUUAAUGACAAACAGUCAGAUACACAGAAUGACACUAAUACAGAUACAAACAGUAACACACAGAUAUAUAGAGGCACACACUGACACACAUGCUGAUUAGAGAUGUCCCGAACAGUUCGCCGGCGAAUAGUUCCUGGCGAACAUCGUAUGUUCGCGUUCGCCGUGGCGGGCGAACAUAUGCGAUGUUCGGUCCGCCCCUAUUUCAUAUCAUUGAGUAAGCUUUGACAACCCCCCCACCGGCCGCUCGGGGGUGGGGGUUGUCAAAGUUUACUCAAUGAUAUGGGGGGGACCUACUGUCCUCCCCCCGGCCCCCACCCCUGAGCGGUGGGUGGGGGCCCUAAAAAAAACAAUAGGGGGGGAACUUCUGUCCCCCCCAGCCCCCACCCCUGAGUGGUAGGUGGGGGCCCUAAAUACUAAUAAAGGGGAGGGACCUAAGGUCCUCCCCCCUGGCCCCCACCCCUGAGCGGCGGGUGGGGGCCCUAAAUACUAAAAAGGGGGGGGGACCUAAUGUCCUCCCCCCAGGCCCCCACCCCUGAGCGGUGGGUGGGGGCAAAUAAAUCACAAUGGGGGGGACCUAAGGUCCUCCCCCUGGCCCCCACCCCUGAGAGGCGGGAGGGGGCCCUAAAUACUAAAAAGGGGGGGGACCUAAUGUCCUCCCCCCUGGCCCCCACCCCUGAGCGGCGGGUGGGGGCCCUAAAUACUCAAAAGGGGGGGACCUAAGGUCCUCCCCCCUGGCCCCCACCCCUGAGCGGCGGGUGGGGGCCCUAAAUACUAAAAAGAGGGGGGACCUAAUGUCCUCACCCCCGGCCCCCACCCCUGAGCGGUGGGAGGGGGCAAAUAAAUCACAAUGGGGGGGACCUAAGGUCCUCCCCCCUGGCCCCCACCCCUGAGCGGUGCGUGGGGGCCCUAAAUACUAGAAAGGAGGGGGGACCUAAUGUCCUCUCCCCCGGCCCCCACUCCUGAGCGGCGGGCGGGGGCCGUAAAUACUAAAAAGGGGGGGGGACCUAAGGUCCUCCCCCCUGGCCCCCACCCCUGAGCGGCGGGUGGGGGCCCUAAAUACUAAAAAGGGGGGGACCUUAUGUCCUCCCCCCCGGCCCCCACCCCUGAGCGGUGGGUGGGGGCAAAUAAAUCACAAUGGGGGGGACCUAAGGUCCUCCCCCCUGGCACCCACCCCUGAGCGGCGGGUGGGGGCCCUAAAUACUAAAAAGGGGGGGGGACCUAAUGUCCUCCCCCUCGGCCCCCACCCCUGAGCGGCGGGUGGGGGCCCUAAAAAAAGUCCCCCCCCAGGUGACUAGGGGUCCCCAAACCCCUAGUCACCCCCCCAAAAAAAAAUUAACCCCCUACCUACCCCCCUCACCCUAAAAAUAAUGAGGCGGGGACCUUUAACUAAGUAACUGUAAAAAAAAAAAAAACUUACCAUUCGAUGUUUUCUUUCUUCUUAAUCUUCUUUUUUCAGCCCCAAAAAAGGCCAAAUAAAAAACCAUAAUAACCGACGCAAUUAAAAAAUAAAUAAAUAAAUAACCGAGCGCAAAAAAAAUAAUCCAUCUUCACCCGGUGAGGGCUCCGCACAGACUGAGCUCUGCAGGGCGGGGGAAGGCUUAUAAAGCCUUGCCCCGCCCUGCAAUUAGGCUCAGAGCACUCUGAUUGGUGAGUUUAAGCCAUCCAAUCAGAGUGCUCUGACAGGUAAAUGAAGAGACUGACAGGUAAGAAGAGACUGUGUCAUUUUACACAGCAUGUAAAAUGGAAUUGUCCCACGCUGUGUAAUUUGACUCAUAACAACACUCUGAUUGGUUACUUUCAAUCCACCAAUCAGAGUGUUGUUAUGAGUCAAAUUACACAGCGUGGGAAAAUUCCAAAGAACUUUCCCACGCUGUGUAAAAUGACACAGAGCACUCUGAUUGGUGGAUUUCAAACCAACCAAUCAGAGUGCUGUGACAGGUAAAUGUAGAGACUUACCUGUCAGUCUCUUCAUUUACCUGUCAGAGCACUCUGAUUGGAUGGCUUAAACUCACCAAUCAGUGCUCUGAGCCUAAUUGCAGGGCGGGGCAAGGCUUUAUAAACCUUCCCCCGCCCUGCAGAGCUCAGUCUGCGCGGAGCCCUCGCCGGGUGAAGAUGGAUUAUUUUUUUUGUGCUCUUUUUUUUUACAGGUACUUAGUUAAAGGUCCAUUAUUUUUAGGGUGAGGGGGGUAGGUAGGGGGUUAAUUUUUUUUUGGGGGGGGUGACUAGGGGUUUGGGGACCCCUAGUCACCUGGGGGGGAAAUUUUUUUUAGGGCCCCCACCCGCCGCUCAGGGGUGGGGGCCGGGGGGGAGGACAUUAGGUCUCCCCCUUUUUAGUAUUUAGGGCCCCGACCCGCUGCUCAGGGGUGGGGGCCGGGGGGGAGGACCUUAGGUCCCCCCCAUUGUGAUUUAUUUGCCCCCACCCACUGCGCAGGGGUGGGGGCCGGGGGGGGAGGACAGUAGGUCCCCCCCUCAUUAUUUUUAUGGCCCCCACCCAUCGAGCAGGGGUGGGGCCGGGGGGGGAGGACAGUAGGUCCCCCCCCUCAUUAUCUUUAUGGACCCACCUGCCGCCCAGGGUUGGGGGCCAGGGGGGAGGACAGUAGGUCCUCCCCCCCAUUGUAAUUUAUGGCCCCCACCCGUCGCACAGGGGUGGGGGCAAUAGUUUUUUUUUGUUUUUUUGUUUUUUUACAGUGAGCAGCCACUGGCUGCUCACUGCUUACUAGACAUGCCCCUACUCGCUGCAUAGUGAGUAAGGGCAGAAUUUACUAAUACUAAGUAAUCUUUACUUAGUAUUAGUAAAUGUGGCUGAAAGACCAAUUUAGGUCUUUCAGCCUUUUAGUAGAUAGCUCUCUAAUACCGUGGGAAUUAGGGAGUUAUCUACUAAGCAGCUGCAAGAUGCAGCCGCGGAUCGGAGUUUGCAUGCCACAGUCCAGGUGUUAGUCCCCUUGAAACAACUUUUCCAUCACUAUUGUGGCCAGAAAGAGUCCCUGUGUGUUUUAAAAUUCGCCUGCCUAUUGAAGUCUAUGGCGGUUCGCCCGGUUCGCGGGUUUGCGAACACUUGCCGAAAUUCGCGUUCGCCGUUCGCGAACCGAAAAUUUCAUGUUCGCGACAUCACUAAUGCUGAUACACAUGCAAACAGAUACACAUACAGACUCACAUGCAGAAAAACAGAUUCACAUACAGACAAACAGAUACACAUACAGGUACACAUGCAGACAAACAGAUACACAUGCAGACACAAACAUACAGACAAACAGAUACACAUAUAGAUACACAUGCAGACACAAACAUACAGACAAACAGAUACACAUACAGACAAAUGGAUAUACAGGCAUACAGAUACAGACCAUACACAUGCAAACUGUAAAAAAUUAUUUGCAUCUCUCCUGUUUCCUACCUUUUAGGUGCAGGAGAAUAACUUCCCUGGGGACCAGUGACUACUUCAGGCUAAUGGGACUCUGACUCCAAGGUGCUCUCCUCCACACGGCUCUGUUAGCUGGGAGGAAGUGACAGCUUCCUCCCAGAUCUGACAUCAUCAGGGUUUUACAGGGUGGCCGAGUCCCCUGGAGUGACAGGCCCAGUCGCGACCCCUGUGACCGUGGUAGUUUUGCCACUGGUAGUGACCCUUACUACCUUCUAGUCUUAAGUAAUGUCUUACACUACCUUAAUCCUAAGGAUCCCCCCCGCCGACCCCCUCCACAAUGGCAACAUUUGAAAUGUAAUGAUACUUUGCUAAAAGCCAAAAUGAAGCAUAUUUGUGUCGUUAUACAUAUAUAUAGAUAACACAGAAUUAAAACAUAAAUGCCUGCCAUGGACAGAAACUAAAGUAUAUAUAUUAUAUAUUACAUUACAUUUUUCAUACUUUCAUACAGCACAGACAGUUCCCCCUCGGCAAUUUAGGCCACUAUUUGUUGAAUUAUAUAUGUGAAAACAUCUUAUAAAAUCUACACAGAAUCACUUAGUAAAUGUGUCAGUGAAGAAUAUAUACAAAAUAUCGUGAAAAUGAAAAAAGUGUCAUAUGUGAAUAAGCAAACGUGCACCAAAAUAUCUAACAGCCAAAGUGAAGCAUAUUUGUGUCGUUAUACAGAUAUAUAGAUAACACAGAAUUAAAACAUAAAUGCCUGCCAUGGACAGAAACUAAGGUAUAUAUAUUAUAUAUUACAUUACAUUUUUCAUAAAUUGUCCAAUACUCUAUUCAUUCAUAGACUUACAGGCACAGGGAGGAGCAACUUAAAAAGUCAUGUUAUAUAAAUACUAGGAGUGUAAAAUAAAUGACUCUGAAGGAAGCAAAGGAGCUUAAAGGUAUUGAUAUUACGAUAUCAUUAGCUAAGAAACUGGGAGCAUAAUUAUAUUGCAUAAUGCGAGACAGUAUUAGGAGAGGGUUACAAUAAUCCAUGUGGGAAAUUAUGAGAGCAUGGGCAAGCUCCUUGGUAGUAUCUUGUGUAAGAAAGGGGCAGAUGUGGGCUAUGUUUUUUUUUGCAGUUUUCAGACAUCUCUCACAUCAUAACUAAUACACAUAGUGUCUGGAUAUGUCAUCAUGCUGCUGCAUUAUCAAGCUUAAUCAGAAAUAUAAAGAAAAAGAAUACAGACAAAAUGAAAAAAUAAAUAAAUACAUUUUAAAAAUGUCAUAUCUUACAGUAUCCCUCUAGGUUUGCCUGGGCAGUGAAAAAUCCCUUUACCAUCAGCAAAUUGAUUGAUCUGAUUUUUCACCGCUUCCCUGCCUAUUAACUUUUGAUUUUUUCAUUGGUUACCUUUCUUAUUCAAUAUCUCAUAUUCAUAUCUGAUCCAAAUAUCAUAAAAAGCAAAGAAAAUAUUAUUUCUUUGGCAUAUUGGAUUGUCAAAAACAUGGCAAGACUAAAUUGAUUAUAAUAGCUCUAAUUUUUGUAUGCAAAAAUUCCAAAUUUGAUAUGGUUUAGAUCCAUAUCUCUUUGUAAUGCUAAUAUUUCUCUCCAUUUUUAUUUGAAACUGUAAUUGAUUCAUAACCUCCUUCCAUCUAGGGCUUAAGGGAGUCUUCCAAUUAUGUGCUAUUAUAAUUUUAACUGCAAGGAAACAAUGUGGGCUGACACCUUUUGAGUUAGUCUUGUUUCCCUUCCCAUAUAAAACUUAUGAGACUUUUCUGAACUUAGCCACCAAUUUUAAAGAGAUCAUCUUAAACAUACAACGCCAGUUAGGGAGAAUAUAUGCAUUUACUAUGUUAAUUCUUCCCAUCCAUAAAGGUUUAAUUUUCGGGCAAUCCCACCAAAUAUGUUUAUAGUUCUCCAAUUUUUUAAUAUGUGAUUAGUGUGGUGUAGGAGUGAUAAAAGGUUGAUCUCUCUUAUUUUUUUUAUAUUUUUUUUGCACAUCAGAAUAUGGUAUUAGUUGUUUCAUUUCUUGAGUAAUCGUAAAUGAAGUUAUCAAAUACCAAAUCAUCAUAUGUUUUGUUCAAUUUCUUUUUCACUCUCUACCCUAAUCCGCUUUAUUUCAGUUUCAUUCUUUUAUUUAUCUUAAAACUAUUAAAAUUUUAUUAAACAAUAAAAUACAAAACAAACUAACUAAUAAACAUACAAACAUUUGCUCGGUUCUUAGUGCAAGAGAAAAAAAUAAUAAUAAUACAUUAAUUCACUUAUCAGGCUCGAGGGAGGGGGCUCAAACGUUUCCCUAAAAAGAUGUAAACCAUGCGGUUAGAUAAAAAAAGAAACAGGGAAAAUCCACUAUGAAGAGAGCGGAUAGUGAGGAAAACCUCCUUGUUCAGGGCCCAAUUUUUUAAUCCAUUUAUCCCAUUAUGUGUAGUGAUGGCCCUUAUUUGAACAAAAUUAGUGAUGGCCCUUUCCAUUUUACAUUGAAUAAUGCUUUGAGCAUGGAUCUUAGACCAGUUGUCUACCUUAGGGGAUUUCCAGUUCCUGGCUAUUGAGGUUUUCACCGCCAUUAAGAUGUGAAGAAUAAUAGGUCUAAAUUCUUUAUUAAUGCCUGUCAUAUCAAUAUGUAAUAGGGCCAUACUUGGAGUCAGCUCAACCCUUGUUUCGAGUAAAACUGAUAAAUAUCAGUUUAGCGUAUCCCAUAAAGGUCUAAUUUUCAGGCAAUCCCACCAAAUAUCUUUGAAGUCUGCAGUUAAUUGAUUGCAUCUCCAGCAAUUUGAUGGGGCUGUAGGAUACAUUAUUGCUAUUUUGUAGGGGGUACUAUACCAUCUGUUUAGUAUUUUAUAAUGGGUUUCGUGUAUAUUUAGACAAUGACAGACUUUAUAUAUAGUAUUAUGGGAGUUGUUCCAUUCUUUCAUAGUUAUAUCUUUUGCCAGGUUUUGAUUCUAUUUAAUAAUUGCCGGGGGAAUUGAUUUACUUGUAAAUAAUUUUGGGGCAUUUAUUUGCCAGGUUGGUAUAGUCUGACUGCUCAUAUAAGUCUGAGAGAAGCUUCACUGGUGGAUCUAGAGGGUUAGAUCUUAAAAAUGUGUUUAAAAAGGAUUUUACCCUAACAUAAGUGAACCAACGAUUAGGAGGUAUAUUAUGUUCAGUUUGGAGUUGUUCGUAAGAUUUUACUCUAUUUCCUAUCAUGAGAUUAGAUAUCGUUUUUAUACCUCGCAUUGUCCAGAUUUCUAAAUUUAUACCUGUCAUUAUAUCUGCCAGUAUACUUAAAUUUAUGCCAGGGAUUCUCUUAUUUUUUAACCAAAUUUUUUUUUAAAUAGAGACCAGGUGGGAAAAAUAUGUUGAACUGUCAUCGAUUUUGAAUUUGUAAUACAAUGAUUUGUUUCUUUAUCCAUUCACCAUAGGAGAGUUCUAUAGUCCCUGUCUCCCGAGGUCAAAAUCUGUUCACUUUUGUACCAGUAUUCAUUUACAGAGUCUUCCUUAUUUAUCACUAAGACAUGCGCUAAUAAAUUAGCUUGUGCAAUGUCUUGGAUAAUUGGAAUACUCAUACCUCCUUCAUCUGUUUUCUUAGACAUAAUAUCUUUUUUAAUUCUCGUUUUUUUGCCUGCCCAGAUAAAUUUGGUAAAUUAUGUUUGAAUUAAUUCUAACCAACUGUCUGGGAUCUUAAUAGGAAUCAUUCUCAUAAUAUAUGAGAAUUUUGGUACAAUAUAUGCUUUUAAUGUAUUUAUUUUCCCUGACCAGGAGAUUUCCAGAGUUUUCCAUUUCUUUAAGUUAAAAUUUGUUUUUUUUAAUUAAGGGAAGGAUAUUAUUCUCUAACCAUUUCUUUGAGUUUUUGGAAAUUUUUAUACCCAAAUAAUUAAAAUAAAUUUUAACUUGUUUAAAUCCAUGUUUUUUUUCUAUACUAUCAAUAUUAUUUUGAGAUGUAUUUAAAUGUAACGCUGUAAAUUUCUCGUUAUUUAUCUUAUAAUUAGAAAAGUUGCUAUCAUUUCUGAUAGUAUCAGCCACUUGGUCAAUGUAGUCCUCAGGUUUCUGUAUAGUUAUCAGUACAUCAUCAGCAUUGUAACAGGAUUGCAAUCUCUGCCUGGACUUCUUUAACAAUUGCAUACCAUGGAUGUACAAAUGAACCGACUUGCCUGUUUCUGCGAACCACUAUUGCCCAAGAAAACGAAUCCAAAUUACCGAACACCGGACCACCCUGAAGUAAAAGUUAAGUGAUACUUUACCUCCCAGACCAGCACAGCCGUUCGCAUGGUUCAGCACGAAUCCUUUGUGUAAAGUAUAGGUGUCCGCCAUUUCGGGACUUUGCACGUGUUCGCGUCCAUCUUACGCACGAACAGCAGUGUUUUGCCAUCAAUCGUGUGGAACUAAAAACGGAUACGCAAACAGGCGAACACUGCUGAGACCUCCAUAACAACGUUGAUUCGUGCUGAAACUACCGAACGGCCGGCCGUUCGGUAGAAAGAUUAAACUAUGCAUGGGGAUUCUGGCAAACGUCAAGAUAACUGUGGAUGGCAAGAGUUUCAUGGGUUUUUAAUGCACGAACGGGGACUAACCGCAAGGCCAAAACUUGUGGAACUAUUUUCGGCUAGAAAGUCUGUGUGGUCGGUCAAAACUUCAAAGACCCAUAACUCCCGAACGUUUUAACCGAAUGGGCUGGAUUUUUGAUAUGUUGUUCCCCUGAACAAGAGCUAUCUGGGGAUACUGUACCCCGUGGUUUUAGGGUACAAUCAGAACUUGGGUAAAAUUGUGUGUGUUAUAAUUAUGUUGAAUGUUUAUCUGAGGGGAGGAGAUGUGUGGGUUGUACCAUGUUGGUGAUUGGGUAUUGUGAUAAUUAUGAAGGUGUAGCCCUUUCCAGGGCAGCAUUGCAUAAAAGGAGACCCCUGUCAAUAAACCUCAGUUCUGCUUGACCCUUCAAAACGUAGCCUCGUCUCGUUCUUGGAAGGGGAUUUAUUGUACCAUUCCUCUGCUCCAGUUUACAGUUAUGCCUGACUCUACCCUUGGAUUUCGUGGAUGGGAUUUAGAACUCCAUUACUACCCAGCAGCUUGCCAGGAAAAGGACGUCUCCAACGGCUGAUACCCCUUUACUACUUGGGUAGCCGUUACAAGCAUAUAACUUGAUUUUUUGGUUAUUUUUUGGUUAUUAGCAAGUCCUUUAAUUCCAUGAUUAUAUCUUAUAUCUACUGCCAGGGGUUCAAUCGAUAAUCUAUGCAGUGAUGGUGAUAAAGGACAUCCCUGGUGUGUACCAUUGGAAAUUCCAAACCAUUUAGACUUAAUUCCAGGACCCACAGUUCUACUUUGGGGGUCAUUGUAUAAGGCCAUUAUAGCACUAAGUAUCUCACCCGUGAGAUUUAUUUUAUUUUAUGUAUAUCUCUUGCCAGUUUCAUACUUAAAUCCGGCAUUUCUUUACUUAUCCAGGUGAAAUCAUAUUUUGCUUUAAUAACUUCUUUUGAUGUUUUAUCAAAGUUCAAAUCCAUAAUUGUGGUUUUGUCUAUAUUAAUCUUGUAGUUUGCUUCUUGUGAGUAUUCCCUUUUUUUUUCAUCAAAUGUUCUAAUGAAUUGAUUGGAUCUAAAAUUGUUAUUAAAAUGUCGUCCGCAGAUAGAUUGAUUUUUAAUUCAUUUCCCUUACAACCAAAUCCUUUAAUAUCCGCAUUUUUUCUUAUUUUAUUUGCAAAGCUUUCAGUGGUCAUAAUAUAGAGCAUUGGAGAUAGAGGGCAACCUUGUCUGGUCCCAUUGCUAAGAGUAAAUCAACUAGAACAUAGGUUAGGGACGACUAUUCUUGCUGAAGGAAGUGUAUAUAAUGCCAUAAUGGCAUGAUGCAUCCAGCCCUGAAUCCCAUAGUAAUGUAAUGUAUGAUUCAUAAAGUAUGAUUCAUAAAGUCCCAACUGACCCUGUUGAAGGCUUUAUCAGCAUCUAUCGACAGGGUUAGUGUAGGUAUGUUUUUCCUUAUAGCUGAAUCUAUAAUAUUAAUCAUUCUUCUUGUGUUACAAGAGGAACAUCUUAAUGGAACAAACCCAAUUUGAUCUGGAUGGAUUAUAAUCUUUAAUAUGGAUUUUAGUCUGUAGGCUAAUAUUGCAGAAAAUAUUUCAACAUUACCAUUUAGUAAUGAGAUUGGUCGGUAAUUUCUACUAUCGUAGGGUUUUUGUCUUGUUUGAGAAUUGGUAUCAAGUUGGCUUGCAGCAUUUCUGGUGGAAAAGUCCCUUGUAUUACAAUGUGAUUAAGUGUCGCCAAUAGCUGUUCUAGUAGCUGUUCUUUAAAUGAUUUGUAGAACAUAUUGCUGAAAACAUCUGGGCCUGGUGUUUUUCCAUCUUAUCUAUUUCUCUUAAAAUUUCCAGUUUCGUUAUUGGACUGUUUAAUUCCACUCUUUGUGAAUCUGUUGUUUUAUUUAAGUUUGAUUUCCAUAUAUAAUCUUCUAUUUUAUAUUUAUCUGUUGUUUCUGUGAGGUUAUAUAAGGAACUAUAAUAAUCGCUAAAGCAUUGCCCUAUUUGUUCUAGUGUCAUAAAUGUCUCAUUAUUUUUAACUAUCUUUAUAAUACGACUUUUUUUUCUUUAUUCUUUAAUUGAGCAGUAAGUGAUUUAUCUGCCCUUUUCCCUUUACUAUAAUAUUUUACUUUUAAUUUUUCUAGAUUUAAUGUUAUUUUUUUCCAUUAAUUUCUGAUUUAUUAAUCUUUGUAUCUCAAUAAGUUCUUUUUUAUUCUGCUUUAUUUAUUGGACCUUGCCACUUGGUUUAGUCUGAUAUAUAAUUUUGAUAGGCUUUCCCCUUUUUUCUUUCGAUCUUGACUAUUCAAAUUUAUAAGAUGUCCUCUCAUUACUGAUUUGAAUGCACACCAGUUCACAAUGUAAGAAGUUUCUUUUGGGUCGUUUUCCAAAAAAUACUGUUGGAUUCUUUCUUUAAUUGAUUAGAACAUUAGAAAUAUUGUAUAACAAAUGAUCAUGAUUAGGAUAUCAUGAUCUGACCAGGUAUUGUUUUUCAUAUCAAUUUUUAUUAAUCUUUUCCAGCAAUUGUAAGUUUCCCUAGAGCAUAUCUAUCCUUGAAUGUGAGAGAUGAACUCUUGAGAAAUGGAUGUAAUCUCUCAAAUCUGGGUGUAAUAUUUACCAUAUAUCAAACAGGUCAUUACUAUUUAAAAUGUUUGAUAAUAAUCUGGCCUCUUUGCAUAUAUGUUUAUCUGGUUUGUGUCACGUAGCUUGUUUUUUUGUCCAAAGUUGGAUCCAAAAUACUAUUAAAAUCACCCGCUAUAAUCAAAAAUCCAAUUUUAAUGUGUUCUAGAAUAUCAAAGAUUUUCUCUAGAGUCGAAACUGAAUUUAUGUUCGGUAGAUACAAAUUAACCAGUGUGUAUUCAACGUUAUCAAUUUUAUUUAUGACAAUGAGAUAUCUCCCCUCCGGGUCAAUGACUUAAUGUAGAAUCUCAACUUCAAGCUCAUUUGAGAAUAUAAUUGCAACCCUACAUUUUUUUAAAAUCUUUUUUUAGAGGAACAUAUCGUAAUUGGGUAUUUUUUACCUCCAAAAUGUAUGUUAUCUUGUUUAUUAAAAAAUUUUCUAAUGUUAUUUUAGUGUUCUAAAACACACUCUUGUAGCUUUCUACAAGUUCUACAUAAUUUGUGAAAUUACUUACUCCACUGUCCAUGUGGGAAGCAGUAUGUGGGCCUGUAACGGACCGUUUUGCACACAAGGGGUAAAAACCGUUUAGGCGAUUGUCCCCCUUUCCAGAGAUGCAGGCACAGCUAUUGUAGAACACCAAACUCACGAACCGCCAAUAAGUGAAUGCUCCAAACUCCCGAACGGCAUCCAAUACAGCACUCCAAACACACGAACUGGAACCAUACGAAUAGCUGCUAGCAGAUGAAUAGGAAAAGCAUCCAAGCGGCUUACACUCCUAGCAAUCAGUCUCUAUCAGCAUUCAGUAAAUCCCCCCAAAGACGAGACAAGGCUCCGUGUUGAGGGUCAAGCAGUGGACUGUUUAAUGAGGGCUACCUGCCCAGUAUUUAUGCAGGUCUCCCACCUGGUGAAUUAAGCGUCGAACACCGCUGUACGUUCGCAUGUUUAAAAUGGCCGCGACCUCGUGUUCGUGAUACGAAUGGCGGCCACCCAGCAUUCGCCAAUUAAGCUGCAGUUAACCGCAGCUUCAGGGAGGUUAAUUGCCGGCACACUCCAGCUCCCAGGUGGUCUAUUCAUUCAUGCGGUUGUUCGGUAGAUUGAAUCUACCGAACCCCAGGCAGAAAAGCACGAAUAAGUCUUUUCUGCAGGGAAAAAGAUGUCUUUUAACAUGGGGCCAUAGUCCAAAGGAAGCAGGCGAGCAACCAGGCUUCUCCAAUGCAAUGUGGCGAGAUUGCUCUCGUCACAGGGCCGAACUAGUAGAAAGCUAAAAGAGCAUAUUUUAGAACACAAAAAUAACAUUAGGAAAAAUUUUAAUAACAUAUAGUCCCUAUCCAUUGUAAUACAUGUGCUAAAUUUAGUAGGAAAGAUUUUUAUUAUGUGGGUCUGGAAAAAAUAGAAAAUUAUUGGAGAUUUGGAAACAUAAUAAAAAAAUUAGCAGAACGUAAAACUUAUUGGAUUAACACGUUAAAAACCCUCUAACCAGGGGGACUAAAUGUGGACAUAGAUCUGUGGUGCUUUUUAGACUAGUCCUUUUCCUUUCCCCUUUUUCUUUUCUUUUAGAUUUUUUAUCUUCAUUUGUGAAGGAACUGUUGUGUUAUAAAAUUUUAUCAAGUUUAUGAUUCUUUUUAUAUUAUCAUUUAUGGAACAAUUCUGUAGAGGAAUUUCUUUUGAACUUCUUUUUAUAUAACAAUUUUUUUUUUCUUUUUGAUAUUUUUGCUCUGACUGCAUAGUGAAUAGAACAUACUGAGUGCUCAAUUAUCAACAUUGAUCUAUCCCUAACAGGAUUGUUUCAUUAAUUUAUAUAUUUUAAAAAAAUGUGGUGUUUAAUAUAGUAUUUUUUAUGUAAACUGUCAUUAGCAGUCAUUAACUUUUUUCCCCUAUCCCUUCCAACGUGUUUCGCUCUCCCAUCCACUCAUUUCAAGAACUCUUUCUGUAAUAUAUUGGACUCCCCUGAAGUGGAGACUCCGGCGUACAUAAUGACGAUGCUGAAACGCAUGCAUGGAAUGCAUGAUGUUAUCGCUCACAGGACGCGAUGACGCAGGAUGGACAGAACCAGGAAGUAAUCAUGUGAAGAUCAAGAUGAAGGAACCUAUAGGAAGAAGAUUUGAACUGAUUGUGGGGUGUAUAUAUGAGGGAGGGAGGGAGGGAAGGGAAAUUUUUAUGCACUUUGUACCUAUCUUCAAUUGAGAAACAGUCCCGACUCGAGGAAGUCCCUGAUAGGGAUGAAACGCGUAGGACUUGAUUUUAUCUUGUGAAUCUCUUGAUGCCAGUUGUCUUGUACGUCUGUGUAAGUAAAUACAUUUUGCAUUGUGCACGUUAUCUAUAUAGUUAUUUUAUUUGGCUGCACUUUAUCUAUUUUACAUGAAUGAGACCUAUAUCAAUAAAAUCCAGGAAUUGAGAAGAUAUAUAUCCAAAGAUUUCUGAAGGCUCUUUAUUUGGCUCCAAAGUGUGAGUGGCCAAUUGGCCACUAAUUAUACAUUAAAUUGGGUUACACAGUGUUCCACUAUGUUGUACCAGAGAUGGAAGAAAGUCAAGCAGUGACACAUUGCAGAAUGGCAGGGGAGAGGUCCUGGGAGGAGAAAUAUAUCUGGGUUUCAUCAGCAUACAGGUGGUAGUGGACUCCAAUAGAGGUAAUAAGUUUGCCAAGAGAGGCAGUAUAAAGAGAAAAUAGAAGGGGACCAAGGACAGAGCCUUGGGUGACUCCAACUGAGACAGGACGAGGGGAGGAGGUAUCAUUAGAAAAGGAGACAAUGAAUGAGUGUUGGGAGAAAUAAGAGGAAAACCACGAGUGGACAGAGUCACAGAAACCGAGUGACUGAAGAGUUUGAAGAAGGAAAGCAUGAUCAACGGUGUCAAAGGCAGCAGAGAGGUCAAGAAGGAUUAGUAUGGGGUAGUGACCUUUGGAUUAAACUGCGAUUAGGUCAUUAGUAACUUUGAUAAGAGCAGUCUCAGUAGAGUGGAGACGGUGGAAACCAGAUUGAAGAAGGUCAAGGAGAGAGUUGGAAUUGAGGAAGUGAGACAUAUGGGUAAAGACAAGUUCUUCCAGAAGCUUUGAAGAAAAAGGGAGAAGGGAUAUGGGACAAUAGUUAGAGGGGGCGGACAGGUCUAGAGAUUUUUUUUUCAGGACAGGUACUACAGUGGCAUCCAUCCCCUUGGAGGUGAUUUUGUGUUUUAUUUUAGCAUUUAUAUGGAUUGAUAUAGAAAGGAAUGUGAAAAAGAAUAUGACUGCUAUUUAGAAUUUUUAUAUAUCCUGUCACACAUUUGCAGAGUGGUAAUUCUUCUGUUCCAUUCAUAAUAUGUACUCCAUUUACCCUACUCCAUCUCUUAUACUUAUAGUUUGAAUGAUCACUAUCCAGCCUCAUUCAAAUAAAUCAUAGAGUGUUUUGAGGGAUCUGGUAGAAGAUCCCCUAGUACGUGUAGAAUUCUAUACCUAUAAAUAUUUACUUAUUUCUUUAAGCCUAUAUAGGGGCUUCUCUAUACUAGUUGAGAACAUUUACCUGCCACUCAUUACUGAAUAGGGUAGAACCUUAUUAGUAUCUGUUCAUUUCAUAGUUUCCACUCACAAGGGUCAGAUUAAUCUGUCCAUUUAUAGUGUUUGUUACUACCAUUGGUAUGUUUAGGGUCAGCAGGGACAACGUCAGAAGAGAGAGAGCAGUUGAAGAUUUGUGUUAAGGAAGGUACAAGACAAGGGGAGAGAGAUUAUGAUAAGGUGAGAUGGGACAGGAUCGAGCAGGCAUAUAUGAUAUAUUUUUUGAUAUUUAAUAUAUCGAAAAGCAAAAAUCAUUUUAAAAGCUUGUUCAAAAAUAAUAGUUUAUUAGUAGUCAAUUAGAAAUUCAAUCGUCUAUGCUGGAAACAUACAGACUAAUGGGUGAUUUCUCAAUAUGGUAAUGAUACUUCAGGGCUUAUUUCUUAUUUUACUGAAUUGUUCCAAUUUCAUUGCAGUUUGGUGAAAAGUAUGGGCCUGUUUAUACUCUGUAUUUUGGUUCUAACCCGGUGAUCAUACUCUGUGGGUACCAGGCAGUGAAAGAAGCCCUUUUUGAUCGAGGGGAGGAUUUUGGAGGACGAGGGAAGCUUCCCACGAUUGAUCAAUAUAUGCAGGGAUAUGGUAAGUUUUCCUGCACCUUUUUAGUUGAGUUAUAUACUGCAUGUUACUGCCAACGAUUCUUAUUAACUCAAUUUUUUGUACUUGUUAUAGUAUACAAUUAUAUGAUAGAAAUAUAUGUGACCUCUAUAAUUAAUGCAACAUGUAGUUUAAUGAUACAAUAAUUAGAAUUUUAAAAGGGCAAACCACAAAGAACCUCUCCCAGCAUAAUUUUAAUCCCUUAUUUAGAGUUCAUCCUACAGUAAUUAAAAUGUACAAGAUAUUGUGAAAAUUGUAUGUUAUGGAAUCAAUUAAUUUCUUUUUUAACCAUUUCUUCAUACUUUUUUUUAGAAUCUUUCUAUUAGAUGGUAGAAACUGGCUGUUAUACAAAAUAUUUUGCUGUUGCAGGAGUUGGUUUCAGCAAUGGCGAAAUAUGGAGACAGCUACGUCGCUUUUCCUUGACAACCUUGAGAAAUUUCGGAAUGGGAAAAAAAAGCAUUGAGAAGCGGAUUCAAGAAGAAGUUCAGUUUUUGGUGUCUGAACUGAGGUCAUAUAAAGGUGAACAAUAUGUAUAAAUGUAUUUUGUUUGUUUUUUGUGUUGUAGCUUAAAUUUAAUUUGAAGAGUCCCAAAACAAAUGCAAAAUAAAACCAACGACAUCAAAAGAAAAUUACAAAAGUAUGGAAACAGAAUCCAUCAAAAAACAUUUGCAGUUAACUUACUUCGAACGAAUUCAGAUUUCUUUUUUUUUAGGACAUGAUUUUAACAAUAUCAUAUUUGCUGAUAAACUGGAAAGCAUCCCAUUGGAAUGUUUAUUUUUACUAAAGGAUAAUUCAUCAAACGUUGAAAUGUGAAGCAUUUCAAAUUAAAUUGAAGCUUUUUGCCAAGAAAUACAAAGCAUUUUUAAAAUUUUUUUUGUUGUUUUGACAUACAUUUUGCAGUUAUUUUGCCAGUUCCGGUCAGUUUAAACAUUAUGGAAUACACAUGCACAGUUUUCUUACCACUAACACACAAUAGUUAUAUGAUGGAUCUGUUUCUACUUCGUAUCAAGACAUCAACAACAUAUACCCAACAUGUAACGUGUCUGUGAUAUCCAUUCCACACUCAGUGUGUUUUUUUGUAAUUGCAGAGAAAUCCAUUGAUCCAACCAACAUCCUAGUCCAAUCCGUCUCCAAUGUUAUCUGCUCCAUAGUCUUUGGGAAUCGUUUUGAAUAUGAAAACCAGAGCUUCCAAACACUCCUGGGCCUGUUUGCAGCUACAUUUAAAGAAAUGAGUAGCAGCUGGGGACAGGUAUGAGGAAGCCGUCAUUACUAACAUUUAGACACGAUAUGUUAACCUGGACAUAGAGAUGAUAAAAUAGAAAAUGUUCUACCUUCUCCCAAAAAAUGUACAAUCCAAAGACAUACUGGUUGUUAAAAUUGUUGUUAAAAUGGUUGUUAAAAUGGAUGGAGAGGGUUAAUAUUGAAUCUAAAAAAAGACAAUGGAAAUAUUUUGGACAGCGUAAAAAUGAUAAUGAUUCAUUGCAACAUAAAAACAUAUUAAUUUCAUGCAUUAUGUUCAUUAACUAAGUCACUGAUCUAAAAUGUAAUUACUAAAACUAUUUAUUAUCAAGUCUUCAUUUAGAUAUUUAAUGUGUCCUGAUUAAUAAAUGUUGUUUAUAUGGCCAAUCCAAGCUAGAGUUUAUAUCUCCCACUAAUGCUUUAUAUAUGUAAUGCAUGAAGACAUGGAUUAAUUAAAAAAAAAAAAAGUAAAAGUAAAAAAAACUAACUUUCAAAUUUCCUGAAUUUGUAGAAUCUAAUAUGAGCUCCCAUAGCCAGGAAAUCGUUAGAACCUCCUAGGGAAUCCCAGUACUUACUUUUUCUGGGAGUGUUAGAGGAACACUAUAGUGUAUUCCUGGCCCUAUGGUGUCAAAAACACUAUUUAGCCCCCUGGAGGCUCUUUAAACAUAGUGAAAACACACCUUACUUCCAGCGCCAAGGAGGUAUGCCAGCGUUGGCCCGGUCCACCGUCUGCAUUUGGCUGACGUCAUCAGAAGUAAUGAUUCCAUAGGAAAUUGGUUGAGAUCAUCAAUUCUGAUGAUCUCAACUAAGGAGGCUGGUGAGGGUGGUGCCAAACAUCACCCAGGCCGAGAUGCAUUGAGUCAAUACAUCUCUAUGGGUUAAGGUCAGCAUCACCAUGCAGAGAAUGGAGACACUGAACAUUGGUGCUGCACACUGUUCAGCACUGCCCCAAGCAGCACCUCCAGCGGCCAUCUGAGGAGUGGCCACUAGAGGUGUUCUUAGGCUGUAAUUUAAAUGCUGCCUUUUCUCUGAAAAGGCAGUGUUUACAGAAAAAAGCAUGCAGGGGCAAUCUAUGGACACAAGAACAACUACAAUAUGCUGUAGUUCUUCGAGUGCCUAUUGUGUCCCUUUAAGCAUACAAUCUAAACCCACACACAUCAAGGCUUUAUGGGAGAUGUGAUUUAGAACAUUGCAGUAAUGUCAUUGAAGUGUUUCAAUAAUCCAAAAACAAAUAAGAUAUGAGUAAUGUGUAGAUCUCUCUGUCUAUACUCGGACUAGUCAAGUGUGAGAUAUAUUGUAAGUGCGUUCUUACUAUAUGCACUUUAAAGAAUCUGGUUACUAUAAUUUACACAUUGACACCUUAUAAGACAGUAUGCAGUUAGAUUGAUAUGGCACUUUUUAGUUUAAGUUUUAUUGUGUGUGAACACAUUAUUCGCCAGUCUGAAAGACACAGAACACUUUUAUAUGUUUUUUGAUUUUUGGGAUUGUUCGUCUGUGGGUUAUUGCACUAGAACGGUUCUGCUAUUUCUACACAUAAUUUUACACUCAUUUUAGAAUAUUUUAUUAGACAAUACAAUAGUCCCAAAAACGUCUUAUGUGAAAGGUACCCUUAUAGAUAGUUUUGCACUUGGGUAAGGUGCUGAGUCAAACAAAAAGGACUAAAUCAAGCAGAAAGUUCUGGUUAAGAAGGUUCUGAUUAUUUCAGAAUUCCUUGCUGAAGCCCAUACACAAAGACAAAAAGCGAAAAACUCCAAUAGUGCAAUAUAUCAAAUCAGUCAAAGUGGGUAUAAUAAAAUAGCGAUAGGUUACUCAUAUUUAGUGGAGCUAUAGCCAGCACCAGCCUGUGUAGUGUUCAGUGAUAUAAUCACCACUUACAGGAUAUGAUGUAGGUGUCCCCAAUAGGAAAAGUGCCAGCAGCCCAAAAUUAAAAGGAUACAAAUACAAGAGAUAGUGCUGGCUGUAGGAUAAAAUAUUUUUAAAAAUGAAUAAAAGUUAUACUCACAAAGGAAGAGCAGAUCAACUACUCUAUGAACAAAGCACUGGUGGUAUGAUCCCCACCUAGGAUUCUUUGGAGUGAAUAAAACAUAAUGACAAUAAAAAUAAAUAUAAUUAUAAAAUAUUUCAGGAGAUAUAUUGUAUGUAACAAUAAUAAAAAAGGUUAUUGGCACAGUACACAAGUAGAGUGACCAAAAAUCCUUUAUUCAAAUAAAAUCCAAAGUAAUAACAUCCAUAAAGCGUUUCAUUAAUAGGCUUUAUGAAAUGGAAGGAAAGAGAUGUUUCAAAUCUACCUUCAAUUUUUCUAAUAAUUAUCCUAGAACGUGUUUAUUUCUACAAGCAAGAAUAUUACUCUUUAUGUUAGUAUAUAAAAUGCUCAGUAUUUAAUUGUACUUUCCUAGCUUCUAAACAUGUUUCCAACAAUAAUGAACAAUGUUCCCGGCCCUCAUAAGAAGGUAAACCAAUAUCUGGAUCUUUUGAGUGACUUUAUCAAGGAACGGGUGAAGAAGAAUCAAGAGACCCUGGAUCCAGAUUCGCCCAGAGACUAUAUUGACUGUUUCCUCAUCAAGAUGCAGCAGGUAUCUAAUAUCUCGAUCAAUAGGUUUAUCAAUAAAUCCUACCAAAUUGUUACUGCACAAGUUCCAUCAACAGAAUAUGUCUUCCCAAGAAAUCGAUAAAUGUACCAUUAUAGCAUGUGUCUUACAAGAAUUGUUUACGGUGGGGUGGGGGGCUUGUCGUUAAUUACUAAAAUGGGCUUUAACUAUCUGCUUCCCAAGCAGUAAGCUGCCCCUCCCAAAAUUAGCUCAAAGGUUUCUAUAUGUAGGAACUUUACUUUAGCUGUGAGAUUCUAUAAAACAUGCAAAUAAUCAAUUAGAAAAGUAAUAAUUUCUGUAUUGGAGAGAAAACAUAAGAAUGAUACAUAAUUAUUAUUACUAAUAAGUCAGUAACAACCAAAAUUAACAAAAAUUAACAUAAGAAAUAGCGUUUAGAAAGGAGCUCAAAGAGGCAAAUAGUAGACUUGUAAAGAUGAGUAAUUUCAGUUCUCUGGAAUCAUUUUUUUUUUUUUUUCAAAGAUAGAAAUUUUUUCAGGAUUUGGUCAGAUGUCGGUUCAGAAUGCUAAUCAGUAGAACAAACCAAAAAAGUGCAUAAAUUGUCCAAUCCAUGUGCUACAACAUAUAUAUACAUAAUAUAAUAUUAUGAUAUACUUUGGAGUAUAGGAGCAUUUUCAAGCCAUCUGUUUCACCGAUCAAGUGAUCAAGUGAGAAGAAAUAAUAUAUAUAUAUAUUUAUAUAUGACUUUCUCACCCCUCCGGUUGGUAUUUUUGUGUAUUCCAUAUUCCUCACUCUCUGGUGAGUUUUCUGAACAGUGUUCUUGGAUGUCCCACCUGGGGCAUGUUCAUUUCAUUUGGAAUUCCCAAUUUCAACUUUAGCGGAAAAAAAAGUUGACUGAUGGAAAAAAAAGGUGGACAUUUUUGAAGAAGGACACUAUGUCUAUUUAGUAUCCAGAUAUAAUGCUGGUCUAACUGAAUCAUGAUUAUUGUGUUAAGUGCAUUCUAAAUGUUGCACUAUUUAUGCUUUUUAUUUAUGUCUUCUCUGUUCUGGAAAUAUAUCACCUUCUCCAGUAAAGAUUGACAUUUUAAGCAUAUUAUAUUCCACUUUAUUAUAUCUGUGUUGUAGUUUAAUCCAGGGUACCACACUGGUUGUAAUCUCAGCCAGUACUGAACCCACAGAGAUCACAGGGCAGGCUGACAAUAUUCACCGCAAUGAUAUAGACAUAACUCAGAGCAGUGUUGGGCAAAGGAAUUUAAAAAAAAUAAAAAAAUUAUAUAUUAUUCUUAAUUAUAUAUUAUUCUAUGUCAUCAUUUUGGGAGACUGAAUGUGCAAACAUAUCUUACCUUUUUUAUGGCAUUUUACAGGAGAAGCAAAAUCCAACAUCUGUUUUCCACACAAAGAACCUGUUGAUGACAGUUCUGACCCUCUUCUUUGCUGGUACGGAAACUAUAAGUACCACUCUACGGCAUGGGAUGUUAAUCCUCCUCCACUAUCCAGAAAUACAAGGUAUUUUAUUGUGGUCAUUUUAGACUUAUCAAGGAGAUAAAUCUAUUCUAACUAUAAAUAUGGAACAUCCAAGAGUACAAAACUGGAACCAAUGAGUUAAAACACUCAGUAUGAAAUACUCAAGCUAUGUAUGAUAUACUCAAUGCUUAAUUGGACCAUCGGGUUAUGAGAAUGCGUAAUAUAGACAAAGAUUACCAUCUAAAAAUACAUAUGGCUGGGAAGCCACAUACAGAUACAGAGAGAAAAAGGAUAUAUUGCAUAACCUCUUAAUAAACAUGCAUUGCUUUGUGUGUUUUGUUCAACCACUUUGCGCUCAGAAUGUGUGGUAGACAUGGAGAAUCAUGUAGAAACUGAAAUUCGGAUGAAUUUGAGAUGGUCAGGUAUUUUGCAGAAUUCCAAGCCAAAAUAUACCUAAAUUACAGACUAAGUGAAAUUUGAAAUACCGAACAUAUUCUGGGGCAGUCAAUAUUCUACAUUAUGAAUCAAUACAAAGCAAAGAGAUACACCACAGGUGAAUGCACACAAAUAUACUUAAGUAUUAUAAAAAUAUAUAUAGUCCCAAAGUCCAAAAAUAAAACAGCAUACACGUUUUUACUCUCCCAGGCGUCUUCUUAAGUGCGGAAAAAAAGACUCCUGGGAGAGUCGAAAGCGUAUGCUGUUUCAUUUUUAUACUUUGGGACUAUAUAUUUUUUUACAAUUGUGCAUUAUUUAUGUUUGUUUUGCGGUCUUUUACUAAUUUAUUUAUUAACUUUUUCCUUUCUAUACUGCUUAAUUUGUCCCCACUUAUUUUACUCCAAUAAAGUUAUUUAACUUACCUAGAGUUCUUUUUCUCCAUUUUUACUUGGAACAAGCUCCGUGAAGAGUACACUUCACAGUCUCUAUAGACACUCCCGUAUAGAGUCUGGUAUGGCUCUGUACUGUGUGAGUUUUAUUCCUCUGUAUAAAUGUUUUUAUAUGUAAACAGAAAGAACUAUGUACUGGGAAGACCACACCUCUUGGUCCAGAAUAAACCAGAUCAAGGAUGAAGAAAAGGGUUUUAGACAUAGUAAAGGGCCCAGCCCUAGAGAACAAACUGGAAAGAAUAACUGAAAACUGGAGAGGAGAAAGAAUCCUGCGGAGCAAGGAAAACAGCCCCCUCCCCAAAACAGUACUACUUUAUAAAAACUUGCACAAAAUAAUAAUCAAAUUUUAUUAGACAUCAAAAAAAGGGGGAGGGAGAGGGGAAGGAAAAAGAUAUUUAAAAUAGUGUAAAGAUCAGUGAAAGACCCCCUAGUGGGUCUAAAAUGUGAAAAGAAAUGACGUUGAAAAGACUGCUAGACCAACCGCUCUAAUGGAGACAAGGAAUUCACCAUAGGAGCAUAUCUCAUUAGUGUAAAGUAUUGCUGCAGUCAGUGGAAAAUAAGAUCCCAAAAGAGUUGAAUACAAGUCACUAACUUGCACGACUACGUAAUGUUGCAAUUCAGUAGCUACAUAGUGUUGCUAUCUGGAAAGCCACCAAUACAUUUUUAAAUUGAGUUAUUGUAUUUGGGGACUAAACAAUGUUGCAAUUCAGUAAGCGUACAGUUACUAAACAAGCACCAAAUCAACUUUAGGCAGAAGGUUCAAAUCGACCUAUGUAGGACAAUGAAAGACGGGACUAAAAUGUGAGGAAGUUCCUGGCAAAUCCUCAUCCCUCAUAUGAGACACUAGUAGGGAACCAGGGUCUCCCAAGUAUGGAAUAUAUCAUCAGACUGGUUCCAUGGUUCCCUUUAAACUAGGAGUCCAAUAGAAAAAAUAAAAAAUAAUAAAUAAAUAAUAACGGAGUCCCAAAGUGUCCCACACCUCCUUUCAAUGAGCUGACCAGUAAUAGUCAGAAACAAUUUAUACAGCCCUUCUUGGCCCAUUUAGUGGCAACUUAAAAGGUGUAUUCAAAUACGUACUUGAAAGAAUUAUACUCAGUUAAUGAAUCAAUAUACUAGCUGUCAUAUAUAGGAGGGCUGAUAGCCCAAACCCUGCUGCUAGAGUGGGUAAACCCCUAAAAAGUACCACCAUGUAGGCUAGGGAGUAGUCCGUUCAAAUUUGGAGCAAGAGUAGGGAAAUCGAAAGGACAGAAGGUUAUAGAUGAUUGAAAAUAAAGUGAGGGGAGUAGUGGAGGAGAGCCAUUGAGUAAAUUCCUAGAGUUCAGUCCCCAUGCCUGUAUAAGCUAGUAGGGGAAAGUACAGCCGGCAAAAGGUCCCCCUAGCUAUCAAACCACGUAAGUGUCACGUCUAGCAAUCUAAAGAGGUGCAAAUUAAAACGUCAGCAUUAAAGCUUCAGAAGGCCGACUCGCGUUUCGGCGGUAUGUCCCGCCUUUGUCUCGUCUUUUUUGAUGUCUAAUAAAAUGUGAUUAUUAUUUUGUGCAAGUUUUUAUAAAGUGUAAUACGUGUGAGGUAGUACUGGGGAGGGGGCUGUUUUCCUUGCUCUGCAGGAUUCUUUCUCCUCUCCAGUUUUCAGUUAUUCUUUCCAGAAAGAACGAUGUACUAUUGUUCUUUUAUUUUUUAGAUUUUUUCUGCCUGAUUUGAAUUUUGAACAUUUAUUUAGGUAGAAGCGCUAUGGAAUCUAUUGGCACUAUAUAAAUGGUGAUAAUAAUAAUAAUAAUAAUAUAUUUGUGUGCAUUCACCUGGGGUGUAUCACUUUGUUUUUUAUUGAUUAAUUUUGUAAGGUGAUUAAGGGAUACACAUUAGAUAUCCAUUUAUUGUCUAUUUUAUUGGCAGCGCCUUGUUUAGUAUUUUGAUUCUACAUUAUAUCUGUUUAACCAAAAAAUAUUGAAUGAUUGCUGGUAAAUGGAGAUCAAGUGAGCAGUGAAAAACACGAGGAGCUGUAAAAACAAAUCUACAUGUAUAUAUAAUAAAUGUAAUAAAUAUAUAAUAUAUAACACAUGUUUACAGCUCCUCCUGUCUGUCUCCAUCUGUUAGCUAUUUUUUCUCACUUCAUCUGUGAGCCAAAUUGCAGUAAAAUGCUAUUUAUAACAUUGUAUUAUGUAUAUAUUUUGCUACACAUUGAUUGUGUGACUUUUGUGUUCGUUCUUCAGAUUCGGUUUCCAAAUCUGCAUUCAGCUGAGGCAACUUGAUAUCCGGCUGAAUGUAUUACCUCUUGGGGGAGGUAAAUGCUGCUAAUCCUGCAAAUGAAAUCUUGUGUUUAAUUCUCAACAGAGAAGCUUCAUAAAGAAAUCAAAAGAGUGAUUGGAGAUAACCGCAGCCCAACCAUUGAGCAUCGGAGCCAGAUGCCAUAUACAGAUGCUGUCAUCCAUGAGAUCCAGAGAUUCGCUGAUGUUAUACCCAUGAAUGUUCCUCAUUUAGUCACAAAAGACACCACAUUCAGGGGCUACACUAUCCCUAAGGUGAAUCACAGACUGUAAUCCCUUUCCUGUAUGACACUAGGUCCACUAACAAGUCCAUUUGAUGUAUUUUGCCUCAUUGCACGCCUCAACAGCUUUGCUAAAGGUGACUUGUUAAUAAGUUAGAUAUGAAAUUCUAUAGAUUUAGAUAAUAAGAUAUAAUUUAAGAUAUAAUCUCUUAUCUGUAAAUUUAAGUAGUGAAAUGUCAGCCAAACCCUGGGCUGAGAAAAAGUCUAGUGCCAAUAUUUUUUCUAAAUUUGUUAUCAAUCAUUCUGUUAGUUUGAUUAAAUGAGGAGAGUAAACAUUGAAGACAGACAUAAAAUGAAACCUCUAAAAACAAACUAAAAAAUUAUUGUGCUGUAAAUAAUUUGACUUGGUUGCUGUAAAGCUAUCAAAUUAUGUGUUUAUUUUUACCUCCUACCUCUACAAUAAAACACAGUGUCAACUGGCGAGAUUUUUAGUUGGUGGGGCAAUAGACAUUGACUCUAUUCUCUCUGAUCAUAAAUAUUUUCACUAGUGUCACAGCUCCUCCUAAUGUAUUUGUAUAUAUUAAUUCAGGGCUUUUUACAUUGCAUAGUAACACAACAGAUAUAUAAACAGAACACAAUGAUAUAAUCACUAAAGAACAUACAAAACAUUGGGAUUGUGUAAAACCAGACUAAUACUUAAUACUGGACACUGUAGGGAAGACAGGAAGAGUUGGACAUGUGUGGACCACAGGAUGAGAGUAGGGAAGAAAGGUAGAAAGUAAAGAGGUGAUAUGAUAAAUGAAAGAGGACUGAACUGAGGAUCAUAAAAGGUUUUUGGGAGUUUGCAAAAGAUAUAGGGAAUGUGACUCAUUACAUGAAAAGGGGAUAAGUUCCUACAAGGAAUACAAGAGAGAAUGUAUUUUACAGGUCUCAUUGUCUUCUCUUUGUAGGGCACAGAUGUAUAUCCUCUUUUGUGUUCUGUUCACCGAGAUCCAAAGCAAUUUGCGACUCCCUUCAAAUUUAAUCCAAACCACUUCCUGGAUGACAGUGGUCAUUUUAAGAAGAAUGAGGCCUUCAUGCCUUUUUCUCUAGGUAAGGCUUGUAAGUCAUAUGUACAUUGCCAAAAAUAAUCAACUCACCUCAAACAAUGUGAAAUAUAUCCGAAUGAGAAGAAGGAAUGACCAAAUAGAUAUGAAAUAACUAUAAGAAUGAGGACAGUGUGUGUACUAACAUUGCUGUCUUUUUACAUGUGAUUUCAAUAAUAAAAUGACCUGACAUACAUGGACAUUUCAUGGAAUCAAUCUGAAUUUACCUCAUAUUACCCCCAAAAAAGCAACAACAUGGACAUGACAACUGAAAAUUCUUAAUAAAUUUAAGGGAAAACACUAAACACAUUUAUAUAUUAUUUUUUAUUAUAUAUGUAUUAAAUAUAUACAUAUAGAUAGUCACUUCAUCUGGGAGGAAAAUCAACAUUUUGUAUUUGUCCUCUAACCAUCAAUCAUCUCUUUUCCAGGUGGGUGAUGAAAGUUGGGUGAGGUGGCUCGGUAGUAAAUAAGUGCAGUCAAAUGGUUCAAAGGAAUAUCCCCUGUAUUAGGCAGGUAGAUAGGUGUAUUUUACACCCCUGAUAAUUUUAAUGUCUCUUAUUUAUUGGGGUGAACUGACAUGUUCUUUCCUAUUAUUUUCAGGGAAGCGGAUCUGUCUGGGGGAGGGUUUAGCUCGGAGUGAGCUCUUCCUGUUCCUGACCACCAUUGUACAGAACUUCAAACUGUCCUCAAAAACACAAUUCACAGAGUCGGACCUCGCUCCUAAAAUGAAAGGCUUUGCCAGCUACCUCAUUCCGUAUCAGCUCUCAUUUAUCCCUCAUUAG